AUGAUCGGUAAUCCUCUUGGAAUGUAUUCAAGUUAAAUAGAUAUAUAUUUCUUUAAAAAGGUUGAAGUUCACUCUAUUUGGUGCAUAUACAGAACCAGGUCUAAAAUCAAUUCUAAGCAGGCAGUAUGUACAGUACAGUACAGUAAUGUAGAAUCCAUUUUCCCUUUUUAGUAGAUGUGUGAAGAAAACAGAUAUGCAGCAUGGUCCGCCGGUACAGUAAUAAUGCCCCACUCUCCCCCCACCCACAGUACCCCUCCUGCUACCCCCAGAAACCACUAAAACCGCGGCACAAUCGCUGCGAAAAUGUCGCAACGCGCAACAGUGUGAGAAGAGUGAAAUGGCAGGAGAGCCUGAAAGAACAGGUACCUGCUUGAGAGUAGGAGUCAGGACAGCAGGGAGAUGUAAAAAAAAAAUAAAAAAAAAUAAAGUGAAAUAGAGAAUGACGGAGGGAAUGAGGGCAAGACAAGUUGUAGAGGGAGCAGGGGAAUAAUAGAAAUUUAAUUAUGAUCAAAUCGAAAGCAGGAUAAAAACAAUAUAAGAUAAUGGAGCUGAGAACAAAUUACUCUGACCUGUGCCUAGGCUGAAGCAGCAAAGAAAAAGGAAGAUAUAUAGGGGGAGGAGCCUUUUAUACCCUGUUGCAAUGUCUUUUUCACUAAACUUUAUUGUUAAGUCUGUGCUGCCGAUGUUUAGUAAAGGGAGUUUAAUGCAAAAUACAAAGCCUCCUGUCGUGUUAUAAAAUUACAGUUAAUUUGCCGAUAUGAAAUAACUAAUGAAAGCAAAGCAAGUGUGCCUUGGUUUUUAAUGUAAUACAAUUAUUUAUAACAAUCAGGCUAUGCUUUAAAGAAUGAAUGUCAUGUGGCUCUUAGGCCUCUCUUAUUUAUCUGAAGAUAAACACAUAGGUAAAGACAAGGGUUGCCUAAAUGAUUAUCCACAUACAUUUUCUUCAUAAAUAUCAGCACUACCAAUGGUAAAUAGUUUUCUAACAUAAACUUUUAUUUUACCUCAUGAAGUUAAUAUAGAGUGGACCAGUGUACAAUAAAUAUGUGUGAGCUUUGAAGGAACACUAUAAUGGCAGAAAUACAAACAUGUAUUCUUGACACAACUGUAUUAAAAACACAUUUUAGGUGGCUGGCCUCCCCUUGCCCCCGUUAAAACAAAACAAAAAAAAAUAUACCUUUAUUCCAGUGUAAUGCAGGUCUUCCACGGCUUGCUGCGUCCCUGCUUCACUCCCUGGCUGAGAUAAUCAAAUUUGAUCUCAGCCAAUCUAAUGCUUUCAUUGUGCAGUUCUGACCCAGGAAGCACCUCUUGUGGCCGUCUGGGUGAUGGCCACUAGAGAUGCUCCUAGGCAGUAAUGUAAUCACUGCCUUUUUUUCCUGAAGAUGCCUGCAGGGACAUACUAUACACACCAAAACAACUACAUUAAGCUAUAGUUGUUCUGGUGACUAUAGUGUCCCUUGUAAGUUCUGGUAGAUAGCUUAAUUUUCCUUUACAAUAUGAAAGUUAGCAAUUUCCAGCAUUUGCAUAAAUAACUGUACAUGUAAAAAAAAAUUGUCAUUCUUUAUUUUCAGUGCAAAGGUGGCUUCUAAAGCCACAACAGCAUUGGCAAGCUUAUAGUGAUGUACAUGAUGAUAUGGUGUCAUGGCAUGAAAUAUAGUAGCAAAUUGUUGUGAAAAUAAAAUAAUGAUAACAUGAAAUCAUAAAACAAGGUAGACUGGUAUGUCUGAGUUAAGGGCAGAUGCUAUAUCCCUACAUUAAGUAGAUUAGCUAUAAAUGAACAAUAGAAAACAUGCGUUUAGUUUAGGCUCAUAAGAGUAGAAAGCAAACUAGAAAAAAAUCAAGAUAUGAGUUGGAGCGUAGGCUCCUUGUCACUGAACAUUUCUCAGACAUUGAGCUGUUGUGCCAUUGAGUGCCUAGGAUUUCAGAUAUAUGCAGCAGGGAGAGAAGGGGUUACAGUUGGGGGGAGGGGGCAGGGAGUGAAGGGGUUACAGUUGGGGGGCCAGGGUUUGUCCUACCUGUAAUAAAUUCCCUGGUGGUCCAGUGUCUUCCUGGUAGUCCAGUGGAUUAAUGCUCCGGAGCUGCAGACAGUGUAAUAAAAGUCUCGCGAGCGCCCAGAGUGUUGCCAUUUUAACGCUCUGGGAGCUCGCAAGAUUUCUAUCACACGGUGUGCAGCUCUGCACCCGGUGGAGCUGCAGACCGGAGGUGCUGGGCAGACUGAUUGAAGGGAGCCCAGCAGCAUACAGGGCAAGCCGUCGGGCCCCUUUCUGAUCAGUCUGACUCCCGAGUCUCCGGCGGCCCUAGAGGGGAGGGUCAGUGCAACCCACUGGGAAUCGCCCUGCGACCCACUAGUGGGUCGUGACCCACACUUUGGGAACCGCUGCUCUAGGGUAAUCAACAGGCACAGUCCUUUGGUUUUCACAUAAUCCAGACACUUUAUUGUUAAAUCCACACAGGGACAGCAACACAACUAAAGAAACAAUAUUAUAACAGGUUUCCCUUUAAACAAAAACCUAGCUUGUCUGAGCACUGAAUAACUUUCAACUUCCCUCAAGGGUUAAACUUAAACCGAUCACAGGUUUCACCAACUCCGUCACCUUGACUGCUCUCCUUCUGCACUCCCAGUGCUCAGUCACCUCAAAUCUUGACUCUCUCACAGGAGAGAACAACAUCUCUCAGCAAUCCUUCUUUUCCUGCCUAAAAGGGAGGGGUUUAUUCCCACUGCUGCAGCUGAUUACCUGCAGCUGAGCAGUGGGUUGGAGACAGUUCAAAACCCUGGCCUGGCCCUUAUUUCUCCCAGUUGUAUAUAAACUGAGGUGUGGAGCACCGGCCUGCCCUACUCUCCAAAUGCUCCACCCCAGGGGCCCAUAACUACACAUUAGUUUGUGUUGCAUACCACACAUAUAACACAUACCCCGGGGUUAAAUGUCAUAUGCCUCUCUGCCUUCACUUUAUUACAAUAUAUAUUAUACAGACUGCACAGUUAAAGAGUUACUCAAAUCAACUCAAGAACCAUUGUUUAAAGAAACUGCUGGUUUUCCACCUUUUCCACCCACCUUCCACACUUGGUCUGCUCCCACCUUCCUCCUUAAAAAAUGAAAAAAAAAUUUUUUCUAAAGUUUACCUUGAAGAUAUUCAGCAUUCAUGCUUCAACCAUUAAGAUUAAAGGUACACUGUAGUGUUAGGAACACACAUGUGGAUUCCUGACCCUGUUGUGUUAAAAACACUAAAUAGUACAUUGCUGCCUCCCCUUGCCUAUGCAGCAAUGUAAAUACUGCCUUUCCUCUGAAAAAUUAGCGUUUACAUGAAAAUGCCUACAGGGGCAUGCUAUAGACACCAGAACAACUAUAUUAAGCUAUGACUAAUGAAUAGGAAUACAAUAUACAUUUCAAGUUCAUGUCUAUUUUGCACCUUAGGUAUAUAUUUUUUGUUUCUUUGCAGAAUAGAAUCUUUAUAUGUUGAUAAAAUAUAUAUAUUCUCUGUUUCGUGCAGGUAUACACUUGUGGAUAUUCUGCGUGCAAUACUUCUCUCUUUAGAAGCUAUGAUAGAAGAUCCAGAACUUCAAGUGAAUGGGUUUGUUUUGAUAAUAGAUUGGAGCAACUUCACUUUCAAGCAGGCAUCCAAGCUUACCCCAAGCAUGCUAAGACUAGCAAUAGAAGGUCUGCAGGUAAAAGCAUUUUUAUUCUGUCACACCUCGCUGCGCUCAUCUACCUUGAAUGAAUUACUUACAGACUCAUGAGUACGUAAUCUAACUUGUGCAUGUGAAGAACAUUACGAAUAACCAGCACAGAGAUCAAAUGCAUUCCUUUUGCAUUAUCACAAAGUGUAGUUCAGAACCAAUGACAUACAAUUACUAACAUGAAAAAACAAGAGCAUCUGAAAAAGUAUUUUGUUUUGUAUCAUAUUAUAAUAUACAUGCUAUGACUUUCCAGUUUAUAAAAAACCUUUCUUUACACAGCUUAUAUAGAUGCUUAUAAUGAAGCAAUAAUUAUUUUUACAAAUCUAUUGUUUUAGUAAAGGGCGUAAAUAUUUAAAGAAAAAAAAAAAAAACCUAGAUAAAAUAUCAUAUCCAGGCUAUAAUUAACACAUGAUGACAAAUGGAUUUACUACAUUACUUGUUCUCAGAAUGUAUGACAUAUAUCUAACUACAUCUAUGUCUAUACUUUUAAACACAAAGCCUUGUUUGAAAUCCUACAGUUACAUUAAUGAACAAAUAAAAGAGACAUCACCACCUCCUGAUGCUGAUUCUAAAGCCAUAUGUCUGUAGAGAUUUGAAAGGGAAGAUAAUUUCAUGGUGUGAGUGUUUGGGAUAAAAGUGGUCUUAAUUUGUUUGGUGUAGGAGAUCUGAAAGGAUCCUAAAUUGAUGAAUGAGGAUGUUUGGGAGAAAAGCUGUUCUAAUUUGAUGGGUGUGGGUGUUUGAAAGGAAAUUAAUCCUUAUUUGAUGGGAGCUUGUAAUCAGAAGGUUAAGGAUUUUAAGUUGGAGUGUGUUUGAGGAUGGUGGUUCUGCAAUUAGUGGUAGGUAAUAGGAUUAAACAGGGGGAAAAUGUAACAGAGUUGGGAGAAACUGUAAAAGACUUACAUAAACUAAAAAUGCAUUGUAAGACUGUGAAUGACAUAGGGUAAAUGGACAUAGAGCCCUGACAGAGUAACAUAAUAGAUGGUAUGGCAUGAGUUUGUAUAGAGUGAGCAUAAUCACCCUCCCUGUAGAAACAAUACCCGUACUAACUUAUAUAAUGAGUUAUAAGGGAGUCCAGAGAAGGACCUACAUGUAUGGUCUAUUGGCUCAUCAAUUUAUUCCACCAGUUGCAAAACCCUAACUGUUAGGGCCAUUUAAAUAUAUCAGUAUAUCAAAAUAUUUUGCUCGUAUAUGUUUAAAUUUCCUUGAUACAUUCGCCUCUGUCUCUUUCUUAGAAUUGUUAUUCUAUAUAUUUUUCAUGUGAGGUAAAACUUUCUCAUGCUUUUUAAUUUCUAGUUGAAGAGCUGACAUUCUGUUAUGUUAGUAAAGUUUUCGACUAGGUUAAUGCGAAUACCUCUCCAAUAGAAGCCAGACAUACCUCCCAACAUCGAAAGGUUUGGAUUCAGCGACCCAUCCUUCUAAACCUUCCAAUGUUAUGCUAUAGUAGGGGCUAGAAUUGUUCAGUGCUUUAUAGGUAUGGGUUAGCACUUUGAAUUGACUCCUAUAGGAUACAGGAAGCCAAUGUAAGGACUGAUAGAGGGGUGAGGUGUGAGAGGACCAACUAGAGAGGUAAAUCAGCAUGACGGCAGCAUUCAUUACAGACUGUAGCGGGGCAAUAUGGCUUUUGGGAAGACCAAUUAGGAGAGGGUUACAAUAAUUCAUGCAGGAAAUUACUAGAGCAUAGACAAGCUCCUUGGUAGAAUAUUGCGUAAGAAAGGGGCGGAUGCGGGCUAUGUUUUUAAAAUGGAAUCUACAGGACUUGGCAACAUACUGGAUGUUAGGCUUAAAGGUGAGGCCACAAUCAAGUAUGACGCCAAGUCAGCGCACUUGCAAAGAUGGACUUAUGUGGAUACCACUAACUUGAAGGGAGAGCAAAAGAGGAGGAUCAGUAUUAGGAGGAGGAAAGACAAGAAGUUCAGUUUUAGAGAGAUUGAGUUUCAGAAAGCGGGAGGACAUCCAGUCAGAGAUGGAAGAAUGGCAAGCAGUGACACGUUGCAGGACGGCAGGGGAGAGGUCUGAGGAGGAGAGAACCAUCUGGGUGUCAUCAGCAUACAGGUGGUAGUGGAAUCCAAAAUAGGUAAUAAGUUUUCCAGAAGAGGCAGUAUAAAGAGAAAAUAGAAGGGGACUCCAACCGAGACAGGACGAGGGGAGGAGGUAUCAUUAGAAAAGGAGACGCUAAAUGAGUGUUGGGAGAGAUAACAGGAAAACCACGAGAGGACAGAGCCACAGAGAACGAGUAACUGAAUAGUUUGAAGAAGGAGAGCAUGAUUAAUGGUGUCAAAGGCAGCAGAGAGGUCAAUAAGAAUUAGUGUGGCCUUUGGAUUUAGCUGCGAUUAGGUCGUUAGUAACUUUGAUAAGAGUCAUAUCUGUUAUAUUAGAUUAAUUUCAUAUUUAAAUGCAAUGCAGCUAAACUCAGGCCAAUCGGGUGUGUUGCAGAUAUAGGGGGACUGGUCCCAAAGGCUGGGUAGGUGAACCCCAACCUGAGGAAAAAAGAGAUAAAACCUCCAAAUAAAGUCCUUCCAGUAUUAUUGAAAAGGCAAAUAUGUGAAAACUGUAGAAAUAAGUAGAGGGAAUACUUAACAGUUAAAAUAUAUAUGAACCUGUUCCUUGUGGAGCAGCAAAGAAAGAGGAGGUGUUAAGGCUGCUUCACCUCACAAACACUUUUCCUGUUUUUGAUGUUUUUUUUCUUUGCUGCUGUAUAGUUCAGUAAAGAAACAUGCAAAAUAUAAAACCUCCUGUUGUGUUGUGAAGUUUAUUCUGUCCUCAAUGCAUUCUGUGUCUUACUGUAUUACACAGUCUCAUGUUACAUUGUACUCUCUCAAAUACAUUUUGAAGCGAUCGUUUUCUGUAGCUCACAUUAUUUCUGCAUUAUUGUGUUCUGUAGGAUGCUUUAUCAUGUUAAGUAUAUCUGGAACAUUCACAAAGUGAAAGGUCAAUGUAGCACAAAGUACAGAAUUGCGACUGCAAACUAGCUGGAAUAAUUGGGUCCAGAAAAAAUUUACAGUGUUACAGCUCUGAAAGAAAAUCCAAAAGUGACCUUAAAAAUAUAUGCUCAUAUUUUAUAACAUUGCCUUAUUUUUAGCUAGUACUGUAUUAACAAUAAUAAUUUUCUUUCUUUUUUUUGCGGGUAUUUAUAAAGCUCUGAACUUGCACCAAUACAGUUAUAAUUAAAGGAACACAAAAAUGUUUUCCUGACCCUAUAGUGUUAAAAACACCAUCAGACCCCCCUAGCCCACCCUUAAUAUAACAAAAUCCUACUUUUAUUCCUGUCUGCUGUUGCAGGCUCUACCCCUGAUCUGCCUGCUUGGCUGACAUCAUCAGAAGUUUUGAACUGAGCCAAUCACAAUGCUUAGGAUUGGCUGAGAUGGACAAGGAGGCAAAUCCGGGACAAAGCUAGCACAAGCCAAACACAGCCCUAGCCAAUCAGCAUCUCCUCAUAGAAAUGCAUUGAGGAAGGUUCAGUGUCUCCAUGCAGAGGGUGGAGACACUGAUUGGCAGUGCUACACACUGUGCAGCACUGCCUAAUGAUGCACUUCUAGCAGCCAUCUGAUGAGUGGCCAGUGGAGGAUUCCCUAAGCUAUAAUGUAAACACUGUCUUUUCUCUGAAAAGACAGUAUUUGUAGCAAAAAGCCUGAAAGGAAUGAUUCUACUCCCCAGAACAAAUACAAUAAGCUGUAGUUGUUCUGAUGACUAUAGUGUCCCUUUAAUAUAUUUUAAAAAAGAAAGAAACUCUAGCUAAACACACUCAGAACCCAUGCUGUCUACUCCCUCUCCCAUCUCUCUUUGUAUGGGAGCUCUAGGGUUUGGACAUGUUUCAUAGUUAGUAAAGGAGUUACAGCUAGAGAAAGUCAAGUUUACUCAGUAAAUUAUUGACCUGGAAGUGUAUGGGCAAUAGCCACGUACUCCUUUUGUAGCAUGGGUGGCAGUAUAAAUAAAAUAUGGGCAAAGAGAUCUAUUCGGUUACUUACUAAAGUAAGAAUUCAAAGAGUGAGUUUAAAAUUUAAGGUUUAAAAUAGCCAAACUGAAAAAAUAAUGUAAAUCAGCUAUGCCAUCAGUUUUACUACUCUAGCCUUACAUUUUAAAAUGCACUCUGAAUUUUCACUUUAGCGAGAAGCAGCCAUGGACCUUUAUUUAGUGUUAAACUUCUUGAAAAUGGUUUAUGAUGUGGAAUCAAUCAAUCAAUUGAUUAUCUUGCGUAAAAAAUUACAUCAUAUGCAUUGUCAGAGAUAACAUGGAAUAAUACAUCAAUAAUUGGUUAGGUGUUAAGUGGUUCAGUGCCCUUCCUACCGGGUGUGAUGUCACUGGUAUCUUGGAGGUCUCCCCCAGAUUCCAGCGCCAUCUUGUUAAUGAGGGUGUUAGUCGAUGUCAAAGGGAAACUCCCUAGCGGCCAUUUUAGGUAAAUCACAUAUAAGGUUGAAUAAUGCUGAUUGUGGUUAUGCUGAGUAAAUAGGCAUUUUAUUAAUAUGAAUUGGGUUAAUAUUUUUGCCCACAACAGUUUAACACUGAAAGGAGGAACAGUGCCAGAUUACUCUGGGCACUAUAUUCAAUCCAAUGAUAUAAAAUGGUAAUAGUAACUACUUUGUCUGUUUAAUAUUAAAUGAUGGGUUUCCCAUAUUUAACAGAGAGGCCUGCAUAAUGUCCCUGUCUGUUAUUAUCAUCUGUUAUUAUCAUUGGGUCACUUAAUGGGACACUAUAGUCACCAGAACAACUACAGCUUAAUGCCCUUAUGGCAUUUUCAUAUAAACACUGUCUUUUAAGAGAAAAUGCAGUGUUUACAUUGCCCCUAGGGACUCCUCCAAGUGGCCACUCCUUAGAUGGCCCCUGGAGGGGUUUCCUGGCUCAGGGCUACACAGUAAGCAGCCCUGCUGUUCAGUGUCCCCACGUUCUGCAUGGAGACGCUGAAUUUUCCUCAUAGAGAUGCAUUGAUCCAAUGCUCUAUCUAUGAGGAGGUUCUGAUUGGCCAAAAUGGCAUUUGGCCCCUACCCCAUGCUGAUUUAUGGGCUAAGGGAGGCAAGUCACUGAAAUAGUGGGUUAAACACAAUAGGGUCAAGAAUACAUGUUUGUGUUCCUGACCCUAUAGUGAUCCUUUAACGUCUAGACAUUAAUAUCCACAGUAAUGUGUUAAUAGAAUACAGAGUCCUUCUGGCAAUAACAAUGCCUAUACUCUUUUGGGCAACAUGGGAUAUAUUGAAUCUAUAUUCUGUUAUGAAAUUACAAUAAAUGUUUGAAUUUUUAAUUCCAAGGGUAAUGUAAGAUUGUCAAACUUUACAUUACGCUUGGUAAAGUUGGAUAAAGGCUUUUGAGUAAUAAUCCAUUGUAAUCAGGGCUGGUGCGUCCAUAAGGCAGCACAGGCAGCCGCCUUAGGGCGCACCGGCUCUGGGGGCGCAAGAUUUCAGUGACCAGCAGGAGAGAAGCUCUCUGGACCCCUGGCGCGGCGUGCGGCUGUGAUAUAAUCAGAGGCGGCGAGGGAGCUCUAUUCUCUCUGCUCUGCUUCCUCGCGUGCCGUUUGCUGAUGCAGGGAGCUGAAAUAUGAUGUCAUAUUUUGGCUCCCAGCAUCAGUAAAUAGCCCACGAGGGAGCAGAGCAGAGAGAAUAGAGCUCCCUUGAUGCCUCUGAUUAUACCACUGCCGCACGCCGCCCCCAACAGCCCCACUGGACCCCAGGGACAGAUCCAUGCCAGCUCUCCUGGUAGGGAGGCUGGGUAGAAAAUGUUUAUUUAUAAAAAUAAUAAUUAGUGAGUGUAUGUGAUGUGUAUGUGUGUCUGUGAGUGACUGAGUAUGUGUGAAUGAGUGUGUGUGUCUGUGAGUGAUUGUAUGAGAGUGUGUGCGUGUGUGUCUGUCAGUGUGUGUUUCAGAGUGUCUGCCAAAUCAGUGAGAGUACGUUUGUCAUUGAGUCUGUGUGUUACUAUCAGUGUGUCUGUCAAUGAGUGUCAAUCAAUGUGUGUCUGUGUGUGUGUGUGUCAAUGAAUGAGUGUGUGUCAGAUCAGUGAGUCUGUGUCUGUCUGUGUGUUUGUCAUUGAGUGUGUGUGACUGUGAGUGUGUAUACACCACUGAGUGUAGCGGAGCGGAGCGCGGUACAUGAGCUUCUGUUACUCUACCUGGCCAGACUGACAUGAGGUGCUCACUGAGAGGGCACUCCCUGUCAGUCCGGCUGGGUACAGAAAACUGAAGCUCUUGUAGGGAAUCUGCUCCACCCAGCAAUGCUACAAGAAAGGUAGAAGGGAUAGCAUGAAGGGGAAUGUGACCACUAAUGGGGUUGGGGGUGCACCAAGGGACAGGGAGAGGAGGGGAGAGAAACACCAAGGGACAGGGAAAAAAAGGGGGGAGGGAAGAAGAACACAAAGUGACAGGGAAGGGAGGGGACCACUAAUGGCCGGGGAGGGGAAAGGAGCAGGUUAAGAGGCACAUCAUUGAAGAUGUUAUUUUCUUUGGUGGUGUGGGAGGGGUAGGAAAAAUGCAUCUUCGCCUAUGUACCAAAAUAUCCUUGCACCAACACAGAUUGUAAUGGUGCGUUAGUUGUUUAUCACCUAUACUAAUAUUUCAUACAGUGAAAGUGUCACUGCUUUCAGUUGUAAUUCAUAGUUUUACAUCUGUUAGUUUCCAAGAGUCUUGCUUGCUUACACUUAUGCUAGGGAAAUAGAUCCACUGUUUCAGCUCCGUUAAUCUAAAUUAAUCUAAGAACCAUCCUGCAAAACAUGAUUGUAAACAUCACUGAUCUAUUUAUGCAACUUAGUGGAGCAAGUUUCUCUUACGAGGAUGUAGCAUGGAUGAACAUUUUUAUGCUGAAUAUUAUCUGGCUUAACCUCAUUGCAUUAAUAUUCUAAUUAAUUCUCACCACUAAGUCUCUUAAUUAAUUCUGCUAUAUUCAUGUAUGUAUACAAAUACAUUUUAAGGAAAUACAUCAUUUCAAAUACCUUAAUAGCACAAGCUUGUGGUACCACAGACAUCAUAAUUUAAUAUAAAAUAUAGGGAGUUACAGAAACAGAGUAUUGACUGAAUAGUGUUAUUUAUUGAAACUGAUAACUGCAAAUUGUAUUAUACAUAAUGCUUUAGAAACUGAAAGAACUGAAGAGCAAUAGUGCAAAUCAAGCAUGUCAAACUCGCGGCCCACAAUGAAAAAAGUUUGACAUGCUUACUAAGGCAGAGUAGGCACCUGCUCUCCCCACAUUGCAGGUGCCUACUCUGCUCAAAUUUACGCGGCCAGCGGGAGAGGUCGCUGGUGGCAGUGAGGGAGCUCAGUUUUCCUGCUCCUCACUGCUCCCACGCACGUGCUCUAUGUAGUGAUGCUGGGUGCUGGAAAAUGACGUCAUUCUCGCCCGGCAUCACUAAACUAUGCAUGUGAGGGAGCAGUGAGGAACAGGUAGGAGACCUCCUGAGAGAAGAUUCCCACUGGACCCCAGGGAGAGGCCCCACACUAGUUUCCAAAGGCCUGGAAGAAUAAAUAAAAUUAUGUGAGUGUGUGCAAGAAUGUGUAAAUGUGUGUGUGUCUGUGUGUCUGUCAGUGUGUGUUGUCUUAAAACAGGGCCGGCGCUUCCUAUAAGGCGAACUAGGCAGCCGCCUAGGGCGCCACAUAGGAGGGGGCACCCUGCGCCCUCAUCGCCGGCCCUUCAAAUGCUGCAGCCGCCUGAGUGCUCUAUAGAGAGCCUCAGGCGGAGAGACCACUAAGGGAGGGGGAGGGAGAGUAGAGACCCCUAAGGGGCAGGGGAGAGUGCUAAGGAGAGGAAAAGAGAGCUCUAUAGGACAGGGGGCAGGACAGGACACACUACGCGCACACACACACACACUUACAAUGCAUCCCUAUACAUACACAUAAACACACAAUGCAUCUCUACACACACAGAAACACAACAUGCUUCCCUUACACACAGAGAAACACACAAUGCAUCCAUUACACACAUACAAUGCAACCCUUACACAUAAAGACAAUGCAUCCUUUGCACACAUACACAGAAACACACGAUGCAUCCCUUUCACACACAUGCAAACACACACUGCUUCUCUUUACACACACACAGAAACACAAUGCAUCUCUUACACAUACUCAAUGCACCCCUUACCUACACACACACUGCAUCCCUUACAUACACAGAAACACACCUUGCAUUCCUGCGCUCUCUCCUUAAUCCCUAUGUAUUUUUAAACAAAUGGAGGUUUUUAGUUACCUCCAAUGGCCAUGAGAGGAUAAGCCCACCUGCCAACCUCAAGGCAGACCCCCCAGGUGGGUCCUAACUCUGACCAUUCACCUUGCUUCCUUAAACUUCUUGCAAAGAUCUACACACCUAUAUGCGCUCUCUCCUUAAUCCCUAUGUAUUUUUAAACAAAUGGAGGUUUUUUUAGUUACCUCCAAUGGCCAUGAGAGGACAUCCCCCCUGCCAACGUCAAGGCAUAAAAAGCCUCCAUUUGUUUAAAAAUACAGAGGGAUUAAGGAGAGAGUGCAGGUAACUUGUUUUUCUUUGGUUUUUACUAUAUAUUGGGGCUGAUGUGUACUGUAGUCUUUGCUGCCGCCCAGUGAUGGGAGUGAGCGCAGGACUUAUCUUUCUGCAUUUGUAUCCACCUUGCAUCCCUUAUGCAUACAAACACAGAUUCACACAAUGCGUUCCUUACACACAAACAGAAACAAGCAAUACAUCCCUUAUACACAAACACACACUGCUUUCUAUCCCUUACACAAAAACACCCUUCUUCCACUACACACAAAUACACUGCAUCACUUACACAAACUGGAAUCCCUAUACACUACAUUCCAUAAGCACACACAUUAGAUCAUCUACAAUAACACAUAACACAUCCCCUACACACUCCACUCCCUGUGAGCGAACUCAUGAGUUGAACAUGUAGGUGGACUUCUGGGUGGGCCUUAUGGACAUACUCAGCAUCAGGCCCUGGGGCCCAGACCUUGAGCUGUGUAAGGGGCCCCAAAAAAUAGAGCUGCUUCCCAUUCUCCCAGAACAUUGAAUUUUGUGACCACCUCCAAAGAUCCUGUUCUACACCAGACAAGUAGGGCCAAACUGCAACCAGAGCCCAUUACCAUCCUCAUCUGGUUGUAAGUAGCCAAUCUAUUAUUAGUGACACUAAUCUCUAAUUUACCUCACAUUAAAGGGACACUAUAGUCCCCAGAACCACUGCAGCUUAAUGAAGUGGUUCUGGUGUCUAUAGUCUGUCCCUGCAGGCUUUUAAUUGUAAACACACACUGUGUGCAGCACUGGCGUUAGUUCAUAUGGCAGAUCAUAUGGGUGGGACACUGUGCUUUCACAUGGGGGGGGCGGCAAAAAUCCUUGCACCAGCCCUGUCUAUCAAUCAGUGAAUGAGUGUGUGUUUGUGUCUGUCAGAGAGUGGGUGUGUGUCUGUCAGUGUAUGAGUGUGUCUGUCAGUGUGUGUUUGUCUGUCAGUGAGUGUGUGUUGGUCAGUGUUGCGAUGGCCGUGGCUGGACAGUAAAGGACCUGGUGGUGCACGGAGGCACGCAAUGCCACAUCACAUUCCGACAUGAUGUCAACAUGCUCCACCUUCACAGGGUUUCAAGGAGUAGCGGGAGGGUCCGCUUUGGCACAGUGUGCAGACAGUGCCAUUGGGGGUAUAACAAAGGCUGGACUCCGGAGUCGAGUGGAGUUUGCUUGUUGGCUAGCUGUUUUUUUUUUUUUUUUAAACAAAGGCCGCGGUUUUCACACGGGGUGUGCUGGGAUUUAGUAGAGGGGGGAACUGGGAUUUAGUAUAGAGGGAGGGAAUGGGGUUUAGUAGAGGGGGAUGCUGUUUUUUUUUAUACUGUACUUCUCAAAACAAACCUACGUUUCUAUGAUUUUUUUUUUUUUUUGUGGCCCACAUAAACUUAAACCAUGUUUAUUUGGCCCAUGCUAGCCUUUGAGUUUGACAUGCUUGGUGCAGAUGAUGAAGGUGUAAGUGGACAGUGGUUUCCACUUGCUAUAGCGCCCCUGGGUGUGACAAACCACUUGAGUUCUUGAGGUCUGUACCAAAGCAUAGAGGUCUAGGUGGACAAUUGAUUGUCAGAUUGCGGGUGGGCCCUUAUUAUUAGAUAGAAAUAUCUUAAUUUAUUCAUUUACUAGCAUUUCAGCACGGCAUAAGUCAGUGACUUAUGACAGGUACACUUUUUUUUCUAUUUUCUAUUUAGCCAUUUCCAAAAGCUUUCUAAAAUGUACUAUUUAAGUAUACUGUUAAAUCAAAGCAUUUAUUUCAAAUAGCAUUUGUGAACAAACCCAUUUUUUCAUCUUAGUUAUUGCCAGAUUUAAUUGCAUACAAUAGACGGAUUAUACAGUGAAGUUGAAAGCGUAUAAUAAUUUGGUAAAAUGUAUAGAUAUUUGAAUAAAAUGUGUGUUGACUGCUGGAUAGAUAUUCUACACAUUUGGUUUAUGAAGCAUUUCCAGCUCACUUAGCUCGAACAUUUCUGAAUGAUGAAUGUAUAUUCCUGGCACUAACCUUUAAUUGUAAAAUACAAAAAGCCAAUUAAAAUGUCACACAUACAACUCUAAUAAGGAACAGCUAAUAACAAGUCUUGUCUCAUGGGUAUAAGGGCACAUUGUGUGAUAUUUGAGUCCAUGUGAUAUGAUCAGAAAUGUCAAGAUGACAUUACAUUUCAUAAAGCCACAAGACUAAGCUUUUUUUUUCCUAACAGGACAUUGAAUACUUUAACAUAUUAAGAUAAAAAUAGACAUUUUUUAUUAGGGAGCUGUGAUUUUUCCUAUAUCACAGCAAAUGCAAGUGUAUAUACCCUCUGGCAGAAAGUGAAAGUGGUUCAAUGCAAAACAGUCUUUUUUUUGCACAGUCUUUUUACAUAUACUGUGCAGCUUGUGUCCAAUUUGCAUUAAAUGCAACACAUUUCACAAUGAUGUACACUACGUGGACAUGACACAUAUAUAUGUAACAAAACAUUUUGUUACAUUUUUAUGUUUGCUUUUGACUGGAGCAAGAGGUGGUGAAGAGAUUCUAAUUGUAGUGAGUUUAUAUCUAAGGUAAUAUCCAUAGGAAUGUUAUUUUCCAAAUGUAAUGCCUAAUUAGGGAAUAAAACUGAAAAAGGUUGUUUUUUUAAGAAUUUAAGGUGAAUAUCGGACAGUUUUAUAAAUUUAUUGGGUCUGCAUUGGGCAGUUCUAGUAAUGGAUCCUUUAUCUACAAUUAUACUCAUAUUCACAAAUGUAUGAAAGAGAGGCAGACAAUAAGUAUUCAGAUAGAAGCCACUGCUCUGGAAUUGACACUAAUGAAUAUAAUGAUGAAAAUCACUCAAAACGUGUGUUAAUGUUUUUUUGUGUGAUAAUCCAAUUUAUUUAAAAUGUUAUAUUCAAAAAGUUUCAAGUAUAUCACAAUCCAUUUCAGCUCAGGUUCAGCCAGGGCAUAUGUUAUAAAUGAGAAGGAGAACAAAAAACAUUGUCUUUGUUUCACACUAUGGUCACUGACAGACAGAACACAUUUGCAGUGAUGAUGGACAGACAGCUGGGUUGGAGGCACCCAAUUCAAGGAUUAAUGUAAAUAAUAAUUUAUACAUUUAUUUUUAUUUUUCAACCCUACUUAAUAUAUUUGCUAAACAUAGGGGUUAAAUAAAUAUACUAUAAAUAUCAUGGGAACUUACCUUCACCUUCAAUGUGCAGCAGAAAUGGGAUUUGGGUAGUAUGGGUGCUAUGGACUGAGGCACUAAUUUCCAUAUACUUUUCAUCAGAACUUGAGGUAAAUCUAAAUUGGCCAUCAUGUUCCUCUUUGUUUUUUAGAUGAUGGGCAGGGGAUUUAGUACUUAGCUAUUGAACUGUUUGAAUCAUUCUCCUAUAAAAGAAUACUCCUUGAUGGGAAGUGAAAUAAGGCCUACAGUGAAGACCAUUAGAAACCCUACUCUUAAGAAAACAAGACAUUAAGCAACACAUAUUGCCUUCUUAAAGUCUAAAGUACCUCUACUAUGUGGUGUGAUACACCUUAGCAAGAGUGACAAGCACAACUGCUCUUAUGCUGAAAAAGAAGGGUGUGAAAUGACUGAUAGAACCCCCACUUCUUCCAGGUGGCAGAGUUACCAUAAUUGAGAAUAGCAAUUACAGUAAAAGGAGCAAUGUAUUGUGUACCUAAUGUAUUGUAUAAGCAAGAUAGUCUCAAAUACUUUUUGGUGAUUCACUUUAUUUUUUAUUUUUAAAUUUUGUUUAACUCUCCUUGAUUUUUUCGAUUCAUACGUAAAUCAGAUUUUUAUUAAAUGUUUUCAAUAAACAUGAUAAAACAAAACAAGGAACAAAAAAUAGAACACACAGGUCCUUAGAGAAUGUGAACACCUAUAGAAAUGAACAACACUAAAGAUUAUUAUUAUUAUUUUUAUGAUAUUUAUAGAGCACCGUCAAAUUCUGCAGCGAUUUACAAUGGGUGGGCAAACAGACAUGUAGUUGUAACCAGACAAAUUGGACACACAGGAACAGAGGGGUUGAGGGCCCUGCUCAAUGAGCUUACAUGCUAGAGGGAGUGGGGUAAAAUGACACAAAAAGGUAAGGAUAGUAUUAGACUAAUGACAGUUGCAGAAGAGGAAUCAGUCAUGAGCUAUUAACAGUUUAAUUGAUACACUUUUAUGAAGAAGUGGGUUUUUAACGAUUUUUUGAAGGAGUGGAGACUGGGUGAGCAUCUAACGGAGGAGGGAAGCGAGUUCCACAGGAAAGGUGCAGCCCUCGAGAAAUCUUGAAGGCGAGCAUCAGAGGUGGGAGUACGGACAGAAGAUAGACGUAAGUCUUCAGCAGAUCGUAAGGGCCUAGACGGGACAUACUGAUAAUAAAUUGAGUACACAAUCAAAAACAUAAAGUCCCAAUCCAACCUGUUUAACUCUAUCCUUUAUGUUUAUACAUCAAGGAGUUAACAUGUUUUAAGGUUUCGGUACAUACAUAAUACCUAUAAAGAGCCUCAUCAGAUCCCCCUAUGUCUCGUGUAUGCCUCAGGUGGAGCAUAAUCAUAAUCCUUAGAGAAGAAAAAAAAAUUAAUUAGACAAAGAAAUAAAUAGAUAGGUAUUUAUGAAACAAAAGACAACACAGGAAGCACCUAUUACCCACCAGGAAGGUGCAGUUCCUAUCCACCUGCUCCUCUCCCAUCCGUACCAUGCAACCUCUCAAACAGAGUUAGGAUCUAUCCCAUUAUUAGUAAAUUUAAACAAGGGUAGCCAUUGCUCCAUAUGCCUAGCACCGUCACCUAGCAAACAUGCCUGCAUAGCCUCAGCUGCCUGAAUCUCCUCAACUCUAAGCAUUCACUGCUCCCUUGUGGGAGUGUCUUCUUGUUUCCAGAGGAUAGGUAUAAGUGAUUUUGCAGCAUUAAGAAUGUGCCUCGGGAUGACCUUUUUAUAUUGUGGAAUUGAUAAUGGGAUAAGAUGCAGCAAUACUUGCUCCGCACCGAAAGACAUGGAAUCAACAAGAAUGUUGGUUACCGUAUCCCAAACCAUAUCCCAAAAUGGGAUGAUUUGAGGGCAGCUACACCAAAUGUAUGCAACGUUCCCUUCACUGGCACCACACCUCCAACAUAAUUGGGAAAUAUCCCUACAAAUCCUGUGAUUGCACUGGGGUCCUAUACCAGAAAGAAAGUAAUUUAUAAUUAACCUCCUGGUAUCUGGGACUAAUCAAGCUCUUAAAGUGUGUGUCAGUAAACUCCAUGUCAAGGAGGUCUUCCAAACGCCGCUUAAAAGUGUAUUAUGCUGUUCUGUUUCCCACUAGCAAAUACUGGUAUAGUGAACACACUGCUUUAUCUAGCAUAAAUACUCGAACCAAGAUAGGUUGAAAUUUAGCAGUGUCCUGUAAUGUGAACUGAUGAUAAUAAUGUUAGAGCUGUGCGUAUUAAAAUUUAUCAUAGGGGUCAGUUUCUCAUGUUCCAUGAGGUCUAUCAAUUCUCAUAAGUCGCUUUCUGCCAGCGUCCUGCGAAUGAGUGUAUAAUCCCACCUUCCCGGUGGUAGGCCACCACCUAAAUGUCUCUUAUGCAUUAAUGGAGUCAAAGGACUCAGUAUACGGGAAAGUUGGCUGGCUCCUCUCAUAGACCUCCAAGUUCAAGGUGUGAGAUUAACAGGCAAUUCCCUAGCCAUUUCCCCCUAGAUGCCCGGUCUUCCCAACCAAAGGCAGAUUGCAGGGAGUCAUAAACACUACCAUGUCCAAUACUACCCAUUGUUUAUAAGGUGUCAAUCAAGUAUAUUGCUUGAUAAUAUUUCCUAAAAUCCAGUAAGGCAAAGCCCCCCAUUGCACAACAGAUCGUGCCUCAAUCGUGUCCUCUCGUCAUACAUAUUAUAUCACCACUGUUAUCAGAGAAGCAAUGAAAGUUCUGGGUGGGGAGAUGGGUACAGUCUGAAAGAGGUACAGCAGCCUCGUCAAAAUGUUCAUUUUAAGGACUGCCACCCAUCCGUGCCACAAAAUUUGCGGGUAGGACCAUCGCUUGAGGUCCACCAAAUUGGAGGAAGUUAUUUCUAUAGAGUUCCACCGGAUCUUUCAUCAUCAGUACCCCCAAAUAUUUCAUGUAGGUCAAGCACCAGGUCAAGCACCAGUGAAAGGGAAAAUGAGGCAAAAGAGCUAAAAAUGUAUCUUCAGGAAUUUGUACAUUCAAAACUCCACACUGAGAGGUUUAACCUAAGUCCAGAGUUAUUCCUGUCAAAAUCCCUCAUUAGGCAUGGUAAGGAGAUUUGUGGGUUGGUAAUAAAGAAAUAAGAGAUCAUCUGCAUAAACUUUGCUUUUUUCGAUUCUUGAUAUCUGUAAAGUGCUGAUUAAAGUUCUCUUACUAUCUUUAAGGAGCUUACAAACAAUCAUGCUUUCCUCAAGGCCAUGACAGGUGCAUAGCCUCCAUAUGCGCAGGCGGAAUCAGGACAAAAAACCCCACACACCUAUCCCAAUAAAACACGGACACUACAGUAUAUGGGUCAAAAUUGUCCACAGCUUUUCUUCAAUAGUAAUAAAUUAACAUAGAAAAAAGGUCAUUGCCCCACACCCCGCCAUCACAUCUGUAUCCUUCAGUUAGAUAUAAAAACAAUGACCCAUAUAUAAAGAACAUAACAGUAUACCAACAUGAACAUAACUUAAAGUGCCAACAUUUUAAUUAACCAUUGUAGGGGUAGGGAUACCCCUAUCCCACCAGGUUCUGAGCCACUGACAGGGCUCAAAACCUACCAAACUUACCAAGAACCAUCUUCACCAUUUCCAUAACCAUGCUAAUGGGGAGCCUAUUUCCUAUCCUUUUGCUCCCUAUCCCUUCACAAGCUCAGACCUUGAACCCUUAAGCCAUCUGAGCUCCACCACCCUGAAAAAACAGCUCUUUCUGCAGCCCUUCCUGCCAACCCAGGAUCAGGAGGUCCCACCCCACCGGUGCCAACGUCCGACACCGGGACUACUGCAAAGCAUCAGCCACCGUUCAAAUACCCGGGCACAUGCCGCACACAGAAAACCACAUUGAGAGACAUGCAGAGUAAAACAAAGCGCCACAACAGACCCACCAUCGGUUUCGAUGAGGCGGACAGAUUAUUGACUGCGUGUACAACGGACAUGUUAUCUGAGAAAAAGACCACCUUCUGGUCCCGAAGCUUGUCGCCCCAAAGAACCAGCAUCACCACCAAAGGAAACAGCUCCAAAAAUGCCAGGUUACAAAUGAGGGGGCUCUUCCCCCACACCUCCAGCCACCACUGCACACACCAAAGGCCACCAAAGUAAGCCUCGAAGACCAUGCUACCUGACGGGUCAGUGAAGAGCUCAAGAUCCGUAAUGAAACCCCAUGCCUGCAGAAAAAACCCUGAACCAUUGAAAUCUUGAAAAAACGCACCCCACACCCCUAGAUCAGCCCACAUGGGCGACGACACCCUGAUGACAUGGUACAGACAGGCUCCGGCUGAAAAUUUGUCUCAUCGGAAUUACCCUGCAAGCAAAAUUGAGCUUCCCAAUAAGUGAUUGCAGUUGCUGAAGGGUCACCUUCCAAGCUUGAAAAACUUCUGAUGCCAUGCCUCACAGCCCCACCAACUUAUCCUGAGGCAGUCAACACUCACCUAGCUCUGAAUCUUUCCAGGCCCAGGAAACUGAGACACUCCAUCUGGCCCUCCGUCUUACCCGCUGAAAGCGGCACCUCGAACUGGCCCGCCACCCAUUCGAUGGUCCGCAGCAGGAGAAUGACAAGCCGAGGAGUUCACCAGCCCCACGCAGAAGAAAUCAUCCAGGUAGUGCACCACCAACUUACUUCCCACUUCCAUCUGAACCACCCACUCCAAAGAGGAACUGAAUUUCUCAACAUAAGAGCAAGAGAUCGAACAGCCCAUCGGGAGACACAGGUCAACAAAAUAUGCCCAGUCAAAGGAGCAACCCAGUAAGUGAUGACAAUCCGAAUGAACUGGAAGCAAGCGAAACGCCACUUCCACAUCAACCUUAGCCAUCAAUGCACGAUGCCCGGCCCCCUUAACCAACUCGACCGCAUGGUCGAAUGAUGCAUAAGAGUCCGAGCAUAGGUCCUUAUCGAUGUCGUCAUUCACCGACGCCCCUUCGGGUAUGAGAGGUGGUGAAUGAGUUGAAACUUCCCUGGGUCUUUCUUGGGAACCACCCCAAUAGGAGACACCCACAAAUUAGCCAGAGGAUGUGCCACGAAAGGGCCAGCCAUCCUGCCCAACUGUAUUUCUCCCGUACCAUCCCCAGAAACCACCGACCGCCGAUUGUCCAACCCCCGUGACCCACCCCUGUCCCAAAAGGGGAUAAAGAAACCUGAACCCAGCACGUAGCAACUCAGCAUCUGCCCUAUUACCGUAGUGGCUUAACCACGGCACCAUCACGUCUAACUUCACUGGGGUUAGGCCCCAUGGCAGCGGGUGCCCCCCAGCCGAGACACACUCUGCGGCUCCCCCAUCUUACCUCGCUUAAAACACAGAUUGAGUCUGUGGGAGCCCCCACAACCCUAACACUCUUGCCUAAAGUGACAGGCAGCCCCCCACUUGCACUAGCCCACAUUGAAGAGCCAGCAUAAGCCCUUUUGGAAGGCGGCCGACGAAGCAGACUGCACACUUGCGCCGGCCGUUUGCUGAAAGGGCUGUGCCUUUUGCGCCGUCAUCAGCUUCAUCCAGAGAGUCAGGUCCAUCUGGUCCCACCUCAUACCCGGAUUAGCCGCCAGCCAUUGUCGGAACUGCUCGUCGUACCUCCACCAUGCUAGCCCGCCGUACAUGUGGUACGCCUCCCAGAUCCUACCCAAGUAGCAGAACAGCGAUGAACACAGCCCCGGCGACUUCUCACACUGGCUAUGAUGAAGAACGCCCUCAACCAAUUUCCGAAACAUUUUGGUAUCUUAUGAUACCGCUUCCGCUUCUCCUCCUCCUCUUUUUUCUCGUCCUUCUUGUCAUCCUCCUUGAGGUCAAUAAAGUCCUCUAAUGGAAGAGGCAAGAAAAGUUUGCAAAAUUCCCCCUUCCACAACUUUUCCUUGACUUUCUGUUUCAAGUGUAUCCCCAACAGCCCAGCGAACAACACAUAUGUGUGCUGUCGCGCCGUGUCCGAAACCCCCCGGUCAAUUCUGCCUUCUCACUCCUGACCUCUGGAGAUCCUUCCGUCAUCCCUGCGUCACCACACGGGCCAUACCCCGCUGAGCCACCUGCGCCUGACCCCGCGCUCUCCUCGACCCCCGCCCUGUGCGCCCUCACCUGACUACCCACUGCCCUCAAUGAGCUAAGCCGGGACACUGCGACGUGUUCAGCAACGUGUGAGAGUGUAGUGCAACAUCAGACUCAGCGGCCAAGCCCCUCAUCCCGGAUGGCACUGGGGCUGCACUGCCAACUCCAACAGGUCCAGGAUGCUUACCAUCCACCGACAGCCAGGGAGCCCACCGAUGCUGAGAACGUCCAGAAGAAGAACGUCUCUGAGACCUGAAAUGAGAAGGAGAAGCCCUAGGCAGGAUGAACUGCUGCCUAUUUAUAUAGCCAAACCCCUAACUCUCAAACCACCAAUCCCUACAUGUUCUUUCUAUGCCCGCCUCCUAGCCCUGUCAAGGCCCCUAUCCACUAAGUUGUACUUUUGCUACAUGGGGCUACAAUAUAUUUACAUGUUUAAAGGACCCCUAUAGGCACCCAGACCACUUCAGCUUAAUGACGUGGUCUGGGUGCCAGGUCCAUCUAGGUUUAACCCUGCCUGCUGUAAACAUAGCAGUUUCAGAGAAACUGCUAUGUUUACAUAUGGGUUAAUCCAGCCGCUAGAGGCGCUUCCCCGCUUCUCACUGUGAUUUUCACAACGAGAAGACGCCAGCAUCCAUAGGAAAGCAUUGAGAAAUGCUUUCCUAUGAACUGACUGAAUGCGUGCGCUGCUCUUGCCGCACAUGCGCAUUCAGCCGAUGAUGUCGGAAGGAGGAGGAGAGUCCCCAGCGCCGAGGGAACCCGGCGCUGGAGAAAGGUAAGAUUUUAACCCCUUCCUCCCACUUCAGCCUGGCGGGAGGGAAACCAUGAGGGUAGGGAGGACCUAUUAACAAUUAAUCAUAUUGUUGUUAGUUUAACCUGGUCUAAUAUAUUUUAUGCAGUCUUAUGUAAUGUAUACAAGAUGUUUAGCAUAGAUCAGCUUGGGCAGCGUUGGUUCAUAAAUAAGGCUGCAGGUUAAAGUUAGUACACAGGAUAUCUGGAAAAUAGGAACAAACUAAUUCUGCACUAAAUCAGAGAAAUUACUAAUUUGAGUUUUAGAGUAUAGACCAGGGGUGCCAAAAAGGUAACUCCCCAGAUGUUGUAGAAUUACAACUCCCAUGAUGGUUUGCAUGCCUUUUGAAAGGCAUAAUAUCACGGAAUUAGUAGUUUCAAAACAUCUGGGCAUCUACUUUUUGGGCACCUCUGCUGUAGACUAUUGGGCUUAUGUCAUCAGCAUGAUUGGUGAGCAUUACAUUUGCAUUCCUCUCCAUUAAGAGUAUCAGUUGGAAUUUUGGGAUUGUUUCUAUAUUGAUAUAUGAUUGAUGAUACUCAAAAUUCAUAUGGACUAGUGUAUAGGAACCAUAAAGCAAUAUUUAUUUCACUUUUGUUUUACAGCAAUAAUUACAUAACGUAUCUAUGACAUUAAAUAUGCAAUUGAUUAAAAAUUACAUUAAUAAUUAAAUCAUACAUUCUUUAGUUAAUUAAACAAUUUAGUGUUCUUAUAAUAAAAUGUUCAUGUUCACAGUGUGGUAUAGAUCUUCCAGAUAUAUAUAUUUACAAUCAAUUGCAUGAGUGGAUGCUUUUCUUGUCAAUUAUCAUGUCUACUUUAAAGAUGGCUACCCAUUUGAAACAAGCCAUUCCAAUAUCAUAAGUACAACCAGGUUUAUAUUAUUUAACCCCUUAAGGACCAAACUUCUGGAAUAAAAGGGAAACAUGACAUGUCACACAUGUCAUGUGUCCUUAAGGGGUUAAACAAAUGCAAUUUUUUUUAUUAUUAUUUAAUCAUUUAAGCAAAAUAAUUAUUAGACUUACAUAUAUAGCAUAGCAAAAAAGAAUAGGUAAAAAUAUAUAUGAAUAAACUUUUAAACAUAAUAAAGUAGUUAUAGUAGCAGGUAAGGUUGCGGUUAACAAACUUUGGCACUUAUCAUACAAACUAUAUUACCUUCACAAGCUCUGCACUUGUUUUCUGAAACCUUACACAUUUUAUGCAGCAUUUCAGAAAGUGUGACAGACAAAGCCUAAUGGAUGAACUGACAGAUUAAUUGUGAAAUAGGUCUAGUCUAAGAUGAUUGAAUCAGAAGUGUCUUUAUAAAUAACUAAAAAGAUGGCAGGAAGAGCAGUGGUGGACAUAGGGUUAGGAAGAGGCAUUGAUUGCAUCAUCCUAUGAGGUGUUUGGGGAUGAGAUGGCAGAAUUGGAGCUAAUUAUCUACAUAUAGGUGUAUAGAAGGUAGGAACAAGUCUGCAAAUUCAGCAGAGGAAAAGGGCAAAAUUUGAUAAACACAAACAAUGUACGCACAAUUCGGGCUAAAUAUAUAUACUUACCUUUGUAUAUGGGGCACCAAUAUAUACAAUGGGACACUCACCUACACAUACAAAGACAUACACUCACACAAAGAUAACACUUACACAUAAAAACACUGAUGACUUUACCAGAAGUUAAACAUAGGGAGUCAGUAAUACUUGCAAAUGCCAGACAUAGGGAUGGAAACACAUCACACAAACACAAAUCAUUUUGCUGUAUCUCCUUGGUAUCCAUCCAUAACACACAAUAAUAUGAAUUAUUCCUGUGGAACUCACUUCCCUCCUCCGUUAGAUGCUCACCCACUCUCCACUCCUUCAAAAAUUCAUUGAAAACCCAUUUCUUCAUAAAAGCGUAUCAAUUAAACUGUUAAUAGCACUGAUUCCUCUCUUGCAACGGUCAUUAGUCUAAUACUUUUGUGUCACUUUACCCCACUCCCUCUAGCAUGUAAGCUCAUUGAGCAGGGCCCUCAACCCCUCUGUUUCUGUGUGUCCAACUUGUCUGAUUACAACUACAUGUUUUUGUCCACAAAGCAAUGCAGAAUUUGUUGGCGCUAUAUAAAUAAUAACAUAAUAAUAAUAAUAAUAAUAAUAAUAAUAAUAAUAAUAUUGCUUUGAGAUGUUGUGGUUUUCCUUAUAUGCACUGCUUAUUGAAAUAUUUUGUUGUGAACUAAACCCAGAAAGCGAGAGCUCCCUAUCAAUAAAGCUCUUAGUGAUAAGCUGAGUCUAUAAACAUGUCACAGAGCUCCACACCAUUACAACUCACAGUCAUUUAUCGAGUUGUAUGUAAGAGUAUCACAAAUAUAAAAAUAUUAUAAAGUUAAAAUAUUUUCAUAAUAUUAGAUAGUUUAGAAUUGUAUCCCAAAAUAUUACAUCAUUUGAACAGCUCAGCCUAAUAUUAUACCGAGGCCUAUAUUCACUGUUUAUUUCAUACAGAGCUUCAGGGUUAUUCAUUAAACUGUGGAUUUGACAUGGUAAAUUUAGAAAAAACAAAAAACGUUCAAUGUAUUUCAAGAUAAUUUUGACAACACUUUAUGAAGGUAGUUCUCUUGAUUUACUAUCCUUUAAUUUAUCAUUUGUGUCAUAAUUAAUCUGAAAAUGUUUUUGAUGCUAAACUCUGUAAAUCAACCCAAUCGAUCAAAAUUGUGCCUCUAAGAGACAUUCAAAAAUCAUACCAGAGCUAUAUAACUAACUUAAUAAAUGCUUACUGACUGAACAAGCAAUCAACUGAAAAAUAGAUAAAUGAAUUCCAGAGUAUAAGUAAACCUCAACACGCAUUUAAGUAAUACCUAAUGGAGUAUAGAAAGGAAAGUGCUUAUUAUGUAUAAAUUAAUGCAAUAAAAUUAGACAGUUAGCCUAAAAAAAAAAAAAAAAGUCAAAAAAAAAUAAGAUCUGUAUAACUAGCCAAUGGUCAGUGAAACAGAGGUACACAGGUUGGAAAGGCAAGGCAAGGUCAAGGAUCACAAAGGUAUACAAAGUCAGGAGACAAGCAUGGGUCAAAAUACCAAAGAACAUUAACAGUAAAAUACACCCAAUCAGACUCCAAGAAGAAGCCAUGACAGGUCAAGGUACUGUUUAUGGAGGGGAUACAAAUAGGAUAUGAAAUAACUCUAUUGGCCACUAUUAUAAUUGAAUAUGAAUAGAAUAUGUGAGUGUGGCAUCGCAAGUGCCAUAAUGUGGGAUCAUGUGCACCAAAUGAACCAAAUAUCUAAGGCACCAUAUUAUAACGAGGAGGGACAGCAUCCUUUUUUUAAAACUUUUGUCAGGAGGGGCAACAUGUGGAGCAGGGGAGCAGAAUAUAAGCUGUCAGCCACUUACCUUGUCGGUCCGCCGAUCUGCCAACAUCGGGAUCAGUCGAACCGCUUCUCCCACGCCAGGAAAGGAUGCAUUAGGCAUCAGGGACAAUGCGCCCGCCCCUUUUAAAGAGGCGGCGCAUGCGUACAAACACCCUGAGGUCGGAAGAGCUCUAAACAAGAGAGCUCAACGUACACGUACCUUUUGGGGGCGUGGUUAUGAUAAUCACACCCCCAGUCAUAUAAAAGCCCAGUCUGCCUCCAAAUCAGUGCCCUGGUGUGGUUCCUAGUGUGCCUUGUGUUCCUAGUGUCCCCUCAGUGCUUUCCUGUAUUCUUUUAAUCGUUCUUUGUAUUUUGACCCGGCUUGCUCUUGACUAUUCUGAUUUCUGGUUUCCCUGAUUUGGCUGAGUUCCUCGCUAUUGUGUAUUUCUGGUUUCCCUUGACCUUGGCUUGUCUCUGGCUUUACUUGUAGUUUCUAUUUUAUCCGGCCAUUCUAAGGACCGGUUUGAGGACUUUCUUCUGUCUCUAUUGUGUUACUGGUUUUUACUCUGCGUAUUGGGUAUUAUCGUUACACAGAGGACUUGUGUAACAUUUAUUUGAAUAAUUAAUAAGUAAGAUAGGACACUGAGACCUCCCUAACUUUAAGGAGUCCAAUGAUAUAGUCUUUAAUAUUAUCUCAUAUAAUAGGUGGUAGAGAGGACAGGGAUAUUGUAUCCCCUGUCAUUAUGGGGUGGUGGAAGGUGGGGUCAGUAUUAUCCUAGGAAACAGAAAAUCUCUUUCCCUUAAAAAUAGUUUAGAGGAUUAAUCUAUUAAUUCUGGUGGAAAUGGUCAUUCCCUGGAACAGGUAAUUAAGAUCUUUUUUAUGCAGUUGAACUAGGUGUUCCAUUGGCGAUAGCUUUUACUUGGCAUUCACUGGAACCCGUUCAUCAUAUUUUAAGCCCUUAAAUGUCAUUUACCAGUUUCUGGAAGGGUAAAAUCUAUGUAUAGUCCAUCCUGUAGAAUCGGUGGUCUUUAAAUAAUAAUUAUUUAUAGUUCUGCCACCUCAGAGAGAAUUGUGGAAGGUGUCACCUGUUUUAUUAAUAUCUCACUAGUGUCACAUUAGAGCAGUUGGUUACAUACCUUAUUAGGACACUGGCUACACAAAAGUAGACCAAUAUAUUGAGAAUGACACAAAAAAUUGUUUGUAGAGCUUUAAAAAGGUACAAUAGGUUGUUUGCAGUACAAUCAGUACACAAAUGGUAAAGGAAGUUGUUUGCAGUGGUGCAAUCAAUAAAGAGAAACAUGUUAAAGAAGUUGUUUAAAAUGCAAUCAAAAAAAAAAAAAGGAAAGAUAAAAUAAGUUGUUCAUAGUGCAAUCAAUCGAAAAAAGAGUAAAGAAGUAAAAAUCUAUAAAAGCAGCAAAAGCAUCCCAUGAUAGGAGUAAAACACCCUCCAAAACAACCUAUUGAAUAUUGAAUGGUAGAUACAAAAAAAUAAGAGUAAUUAAAAAAGAUCUAGAGAGAGAACAAAACACAUUUUAUAUAGAAUAGUGGGAGCAGGGCCGGAUUAACAUAGGGGCUCAUGGAGCUGCAGCUCCAGGCCCAGGCCCAGGCCCAUGGAAUAGGUCCAUUUUUUUUUACACACUACUCUUAGGUUUGCCACCUGACUGGUAUUUUAAGGCACAGCCAAUAUUUGAGGCUGCCUUGCCGUGACGGUAUUGCAGUAGUACCGGCAACACAAAUGCAAAUAUUUUCCUCAGUAUAAAUGGGGAUUACUCUGCAAUACCAGCACCGGCCAGUAGGGGUCACUGUGUAUGGAGAGAGGCAGGGACAGGAAGUUACAGCAUCUCCCUGCCUCUCUCUACUCACUGAUCACAGCACAGAGAGUCCACACAGCAGAUCCCAGCCUGCAGACACAGACUACAGCUCAGGUAAGUGAAGGAUGGGGGGAAAGGCAGCAGGGAGACAUGGGGACACUGAGACACUAGGGGACACUGACACACUAGGGGACACUGGGAGAUGUGGGGACACUGAGACACUUGGGGACACUUGGAAACAUGGGGACCCUAGGGGACACUGAGACAUGGGAACACUGUGAGACAUGGGCAUGCUGUGAGACACGGAGACACUAGGGACACAGUAUCUCCAUGUCUCCCAGUGUCCCCAUGUCUCUCAGCCAGUGUCCCUAGUGUCUCAAUGUCUGUGUCCUUAGUGUCCCCUAGUCUCCCAGUGUCUGUGUACCCAUGUCUCUGUGUCCCCAUAUUUCUGUGUCCCCAUGUCUCCCAGUGUCCACAUGUCUCACAGCCAGUGUCCCUAGUGUCUGUGUCCCCAUGUCUCCCAGUGUUGCUAUGUCUCCCAGCCAGUGUCCCUAGUGUCUCAGUGUCCCCAUGUCUUCGUGUUCCUGGUGUCCCCAUGUCUCUCAGUGUCCCCAUGUCUCCCAGUGUCCCCAUGUCUCCCAAUGUCCCCAGGUGUCUGUGUCCCCAUGCCUCCCAGCCAGUGUCCCUAGUGUCUCAGUGUCCCCAUGUCUUAGUUUCCCAGUAUCCCUAGUAUGUUUCCCCAAAUGUUUGUGUCCCCAUGUCUCUGUGUUCAUAGUGUCUGUGACCCCAUUUCUCCCAGUGUCCCCAAAUGUCUGUGUCCCCAUGUCUCCCAGUGUAUCCAUGUCUCCCAGUGUCCUCAUGUCUGUAUCCACAAGUGCCCCCAUGUCUCCCAGUGUCCCCAAGUGUCUCAGUUCCCCCAUGUCUCCUAGUGUCCCCAAGUUUCUCAGUGUCCCCCGGCCUCUCAGUGUCUCCCGGUCUCUCAGUGUCCCCAUGUCCCUCAGUGUCCCCAUGUCCCUCAGUGUCCCUUAGUAUCCUAGUGACAUGGAACACACUGAGACAUAGUGACAAUGGGAGAAAUGGGGACACAGACACUGGGAGACUAGGGAACUGGGUGACAUUGGGACACUGACACUGUGAUACAUAGGGACACUGAUGUCAAGAUGGCCUUCCAAUUCUUUGGAUAGACAUGCCCCCUUUUUGGGCAUGUUCGCCCCUUUUAGCAGUUCUUGUCAUGUGAUUCGCGUCAGUGGCCCACCCUUUUACCCCAUUAACUUCCUGCUUCACUGGACACUGCUGUUAAGGGGUAUGGAUUUAUUUGAAAGAUGAAAGCAUAAAUUAGAGAGAGAUUAGCAUAGAGUAUAUAUUUUCUUAUAGCUGCAUCCUUUGAGUUUCCCUCCAACACCAAAUCCAUCAGAUACAUAACGCUUGAGAGGUAUGACUGUUUAAGUGUUUUUGGUCAAUAAAUUCUGUAAUUAGGCUCCAUCAUAAUUGUCAGCACCAGGCCCACUGGGCUCUUAAUCUGGCCCUGCUCAAGGUAUGCCCUGGGCGUAGCGCAUGAUUUUGGCUUAAUCUGGAAAACAAGGGGGUUUCUUAAAGCAGCAGGUACUCCGGUGAAGCAUGGCGCAGCUAUCAACGAAUUAAUGGAUGCCUUACUGCUCCAUGAAGAGGUUGGCAAUAUUGAAGGUAAAGGCCCAUGGGAGAUUGAAUUCAGAAGAAGCAUGUGGCAAUUACUUAGCCGAUAAGGCUGCUAGAGCUGCGGCACGCCAGUGUCGGGAAGUGGACAGAAGAGUGCCCGUUGAACAGACUCCUAUUUACACUAUGCAGACCUUGCCCACCGAUCUCAAGCUCCUGAGAGAACAGCAGGCCGCUGCCACCACUCAGGAAAAACAAAGUUGGAAAGAUAAAGGGGCAACCCUCCAGAAUGAAGUAUACACUAUCAACCUCAAAUUCUGUCUACCCAAGAGUAUGUACCCAGCUGUCGUCCAAUGGGCCCAUGGACCAGCUCAUUUAUCUAAACAUCUCAUGAACUCUUUGAUAAAUAUUUUAAAGCUCCCGGAAUCACCACUUUGACAUGAAAUUACUGCAGAUCCUGUACUAUCUGCGCCAGAUGUAAUCCGGGAAAAAUAAUUAAAGCCGCACCAAACCAUUUGGCCAAGCCGCAGUACCCUUUCCAAAAGGACCAAAAUUAAUCAUAUCCAAAUGCCAAAAAGUGGCCAGUAUGAAUAUGCACUUGUCAUAGUGGAUAUGUGUUCAGGAUGGCCAGAAGCUUUUCCUGUCACUAAUCUCACUGCGAAGACCACAGCAAAGCACCUAGUUACCGAAAUCAUCUGCAGAUAUGGAGUUCCUAAGGUGAUUGAAAGUGACCAGGGAACAUCCUUCACCGCGUUGCUAACCAAGGAAAUCUGGGCAGCACUGGGGGUGACCCUUACAGUCCACACACCCUAUCACCCACAUAGUAGUGGUAAGGUAGAACGCAUGAAUGGCAUCUUGAAAGCCAGAAUGCUUAAAAUGGCCCAAGAAACUAACCUACGCUGGCCGGAAAGUCUUCCCAUAGCACUAUUUAGUGUAAGGUACACUCCAAGAGGGAGAUUUAGCUUAUCCCCCUAAGAGAUUUUAUUUGGUACAGCACCCAGGUUAGGCUGUUACUUUCCUCAACAACUCCAAAUUCAGUCACAUGCAAUGGUAGAUUAUAUAAUUGCACUCUCUCAUGCUUUGACCAAAAUCCAUGCACAGGUGUUUUCUUUUAUUCCAGAUCCAGAAUCAAAUACAGGCACACAUAAACUCCUUCCUGGUGACUGGGUUAUGGUCAAGAAAUUCCUGAGAAAGCACACUCUUGAGCCAAGGUUUGAUGAUCCAUUCCAAGUCCUAUUGACCAAAUCUACCUCGGUAAAAUUGGCUGGGAAGAAUACCUGGAUACACGCCUCGCAAUGUAAGAAAGUUCCUGAUCCAGAGGAAGCAGAUCCCGCUAAACUAUGAGCUUCCUGUGUCUAUUUCUGCUGGUAGGCCUAUUAAAGGCCCAACAAGUUGCUAUUACCAAAGAUAAUCAUGUUUUCACAUUCUGGUGUAACUCUUCAAACACACAUGUAGCUACUUUUACCUUUGAUUACUGUGAUAUUGUCUCUUGUACCUUUCCGCAAUCACAACACUCAGCAAUAUACAAAGACAUACCGAACAAGAAGGACCCCUACAUUUGUGUGACAGGUGGCCAUUGGGGACAUCAUUGUAAUACCUGGAAAGCAGCAGGUUGGAACAUAGGCCGACCAUGGGGCUACAGACCACAAAGCGCCUUGGAUAGGGUGGACAGACAUGGGAAACCCUUGUUACACAGAAUGACCUUAUGUAAGCCAACAGGGUCUACUCCAAUGAAACUUACCUUAAACAUAGAACAUCCCAGCCCAGGGGACGCUGGGGAGUAUGUAAUGGGAAUGUAUUGAAAAGGGGGUGGCUCAUAUAACAAGUUGGGGACCUUCUAUUUACAAGACAUGCUUGCGACUCUACGCACAUGACGAUUAACCCUAUAAAACCACACAUUAAAACCCUUAAAGACAUGGUAGCCAUUGCUAAUCCCACCUUUGAAGACACUAUGGCUGUGGAGACCGGGUUUUUGGAUACUAAUCUAUGGCUUGAGUGGAUGAGGUAUAAUGCUAAUUCACACAAUAAAACUAACUGUUGUGUUUGUGGAGGGGCCAGACCCCAUCUUCAGAUGUUGAAAUAUGUUUCCUAAGUCUCUAUGCGCAGUCACCAACAAACUCAUCUGUGUGUGAAUCAUGGAAAAAGGUAUACCCAAUAACCCAAGGGAAUAUCAAGCCAACUGAUGGGAUCACCGUGUACCCAGGUAACUACACUUGCUACAAAAUACAUGGAGCCACAGGAAAAUUUGUUGGUAAAUUCCCUUCUGGCUACUGUACUACCUAUCGAGAACCUCCCACUGCCCUAUUAGUAAAUCAUGUUAAGUCUGUGGGAGACAUUUAUUGGCUAUGUGGUGACAUGCAGCUCAGAUCUAAAAUGACUGGCCUGUGGUGGGGAGAAUGCACUCUGACCAAAGCUAUCAUGCCCAUACAUAUAAUUUCUGAUAACCACCAAGGCCCACUUGAUUCACCACACACAUAUUUUAGGGUAAAAAGAGAAACCCCUGUUCGAGGUAGUUUCGACCCAUAUAUAUAUAUAUAUAUAUAUAUAUAUAUAUAUAUAUAUAUAUAUUGAUGCCAUAGGUAUACCAAGGUGGGUACCAAACAAGUUCAAGGCCAGAGAUGAGGUUGCGGCAGGAUUCGAAUCCUUGAUCCCACUCAUCACCGCUAACAAGAACAUUAAUUGGAUAAAUUAUAUUUACUAUAAUCAGCAACGCUUUGUCAAUUACACGAGAGAUGCCCUCCAGGGCUUGGCAGAACAGUUACAAACUACCUCCCAAAUGACAUUUCAGAAUCGAAUGGCCUGAGACAUGAUACUAGCAGAGAAGGGGGGCGUGUAUAAAAUACUUCCCGAUACUAUGACAUGCUGUACCUUCAUCCCAGACAAUACAGGCCCCAAUGGUAAGGUGUGGCGAAACCAGCCUCGUCACUGUCCACUGGAGGAGCCUGGUUGCUCUCCUGCUCCCUUUAGACUAUGGCCCGGCAUUUAAAACCUUUUAUUUUCCCUGCAGAAAAGUGUAUUCGUGCCUUUCUGCCAGGAUGUUCGGUAGAUUCAAUCUACCGAACAAAGUACUGAACAAUCGACCACCUGGGAACUGGAGUGUGACGUCAAUUGGCCUUUGUUCGUCUGCCGAACACAUGGCAGCAGCCAUUUUUACUCCCAAACGGCCAGCGGUGUUCAGCGCCCAAACUAUGUAACUGAAAACGGACACUUAUUUGCGCGAACACUGCUGAGCCGCCAGCCUCUUUACCUCUGCAUUCGGUAGUGGAACCGAAUCACUGUUCAUUCGGUAGUUUGACCGUAUGAACAGCAUCACCCCAGAUAGCCAUGCCAUGGAGCCUAUUCAUGUAAUGAAAGACUAUGAGAAAGACUUUUGCUCCAUGGCAAUUGAACUGUAUGUAUGUGAUCUGAGCGCCAUUCGGUAGUAAUGUGCGCUCAGAUCUAAGCUAUCUGGGGAUAUGUAGAAUGUGUGUGUUUUGUGGGAUAAAGGUAACAGUGUGUAAUGGAGUUUUGCCUCUGUCCCAAUUAUCUCCAGGCCAGGGAGAAGGGAUUGUGAUGCAUUGUGGGAUUGUUGAAAUGUGUAAGUCUGUGAUUGGUCCUUUUACCCUCUGUGUCCCAGUCUCCCAUCUGGUCCCCUAAGGGAGUGUCCACCAGGUGGGAGACCUGCAUAAAAGCAGGGCAGUUAGCCCCAGUAAACCAGUUCUGCUUGACCUCAAAACGAAGUGUUGUCUCGUUACUGGGGGAAUCUGCUACAAGGGAUUGCUAUGCUAGUCAUACUUCCUUGCUUUAUCACUACUAAGCUCUUGUUGGAGCUUGUUCCUGUCUCUGGAUGAGUCUACAGUGGUUAUGGUGUCAGCUGGAGUGCUUGGAGCCCUCAGGAAGCACUAGAAGCAUCCUUCAACGGAGGUACCCAGUCGGGGUGCCAGGUGAUCCAUUACAUAAGGUAACUAUGGCCAUAGAGAAAUUAGAAAGUCUCUCUGAUGAAUUAACAAAGAACUCGGGAGUCCCCAAUUCAUAGGACAGAUGGUUUGGUUGGAUGAGUGGAUGGCAGAAAACUCUCCUUCAAGUAGGUAUGGCGGUUCUUACUGUGGUAAUUCUCUUUCUCUUCCUGACUUGCUGUGUGAUGCCCUGUGUGCAGAAAUACUUACAGAAGACUGUAAGUCAGACCAUUGACCACACCACACCUACAUUCCUACAUCAAGAUAUCGACGACAUGGACUGUGAUAUCCCACACACACACACACCUCUCCAGUCCCACCACCUCAAAAGGACAACUGCUUCUUUAUAGGGACAGCAUAGGGACAGCAUCUGUCUCCAUGGGUAGAAGUCUGACGCGGGAGAUGUAGUGGGUUAGCCACUAUGGGAUACCCGCGCAGUGAAGCGUUCUAGGCCUGUUCAGACAGAUGAGCUGCAGCCAAGUAGGGAUAUUAUUAGGGUCAGUUAGUAGUCUCUUUAGUAAAUAGUCAUUUUAAGGGGGGACUGUCGUGGACAAAAAUAUUAACUGAAUUUAUGUUAGUAAAAUGCCUAUUUACACAGCAUACCUACAAUCAGUAUUAUUCAACUUUUUAUGUGAUUUACCUAAGAUGGCCACUAGGGAAUUUCCCUUUGACAUCGACUAACACCCUCACUAACAAGAUGGCGCUGGAAUCUGGGGGAGACCUCCAAGAUACCAGUGACAUCACACCCGGUAGAAAGAGCAAUAAAUGAACCACUUAACACCUAACCAAUUAUUGAUGUAUUAUUUCAUGCUAUCUCUGACAAAGCAUAUGAUGUAAUUUUGCUUUGUAAGGGGCAUGCCGUCCCCUCAGAAUAAACAUUCCUCAAGUUUUUCAUUAACCCGAAACCUGUGUCUGGUGUGAAUUACUUUAGGAGUGUGCACGCACUACUGCUUUAAUUUGGCCGGGGGCAGAUACACAAGAUAAUCAAUUAAUUGAUUCCACAUCAGUCACAUAACUGAAAAUCCACUAUUAAAAUCCUUAAAAGACCUCACCUAGAUGUAAAUUAGGAACCAAUUCAAUCCAAUCAAGUAUUAAAACAAGAUUGAAAUAAACAUCCAAUCAUCACAUUUCUAAUAAAAUCUGAUUGGUCCCUUAGAAUUUUAAUUGACCAAUAACAGAGCUUCUAACCCUAUUUAAAACCAGACAGACAAUCUCUUUGUCUGGCUCCCCUCUGAGUCAUAGGCAAAACGUGUAUCAGUGGUACUGAUAGAUGCACAAUUUGAAGCUACCUAACUCCAAAUCUUUCUAUAGGUGAUCUAGCUUAAACCUUGCAAUUAUUAGAGUUACGAUUUUAAAUUAUUACCAAAUACUGUUGUGUGGGGGGGCGGGAAAAGGGAAAGAUAUAGCCAAGACUAUUUUGAGAUAGGCAUUUGGUCAAGGGGUGCCCUUGAAGGCACAGAUUAGUAAACCGCUAGAAAUUACCCACGUGCAAUUUACUUAUCCACUUUAUUAACCUGUUAGACCACAAUUGUAUUACAAUGAUCCCCUUGAUACCAAAACUUGUUCCUAUCUUCACGCCUGCUAUAUAUAUAUAUAUAUAAUAAUUUAGCAACAUUAAGAUUCAUACCAUAAAUUGAUACAAUCUCACUGCCGGCACGGUUGUACGACUGUAUCCCUUUCUUAACCUUAACAGUGUGAUUUAAUGAUACUGAUUUCCUCAUUGCUGCUUACGUUAACUCUUUCAGUUCUGCCAGAAAUAGCACAUUAGUGAAACAACAGUUUCAGAAAUUAUUGCUCCAAUUAUUAAAUCUUUCGAAUUCUGCUUGAUUUGACUAUUACCAUAUCUACAAACCCAAGCAGACUAAUGAGAUAUACCUAUUAGCUCAGUAUUUACACUUAUUUCACUUUCAGACAAAGCUCAUGCUUCUAUGAAUUUACUGUUAGUGGGUGCUCUAUAAUAUAUAUUUUUAUAUUUAAAAAGAAUUUUAGGUGGUGGUUAAACUCUCUAUAAUUCACUGGUGUAUAAGAAAUUUAGUAUUUAUUUGACUUAAUAAAGUUAUGUUUUAUAUUUUUUAUAAAAAUACCUCUGUUGGUUUAUUUAUCCACUAAUUUGGGAUUAUUUGGCAUUUGUUCCUUCUCCCUAUCUAUUCUCCUGUUUUAUAAAUUCUCUCUUUUAUAAAUUCUAUUUAUAAGAAGUUACCCCCACCAGGAGACACCCUCAUACCUUAAGCAUAUAUAUCUGUGUAUGCACAGAUAUAAAAAUAUUCACCACUCAUUAGCAAAACUAGUCUUAUUAUGCAAAUUCAAACUGUUGCCAUUCAAAUUUAUUUACAGUUUGGACUUCAAUGAAUAACCCCCCUAUGUAUUUACUUGCCAUUCUUGCAUACAUCUAUGUACAAAGCAACAUUUGGCUAUUGUAGCAUAAAAGCAUAUUGCAAUAUGUGACAUGACAGCAUCUCUAAUAAAUGUAUAAAGUUUAAGGGAGUGCUGCACACAAGUAAAAUGUUCAUGGUAGCUCCGUGGAGGGGGUCUGCCACCCACCAGGAACAGCAUACAAGUAGGUGACCACAGGUGUCACAACGCAGAGUGAAAUCAAAACAUAUUGAUCGUGGAUCAAAACAAAUAAAAUAGAUCCAACGUUCUGGCCUUAAUCAUGUGUGUUCAUCACAGUCAAGUAGCACAUAUAAGUACCUUGAAAAGGAGGAGAAAAUUAAGAAACCAAACCUACAUCCACUGUAACAAUAAUGCUGGUGACAUCAUCAAUUAGGAAACAAUGAAUAGUCACAUAGCAAUCAAAACCAGGUUAAAAAACAGUCUGCAUUUAUUAUUUGCUUUUAUUGUCUCUUACAUGCCCAUUCACGUGUGGAAGAUCUUUUGCCAACUUUAAUAAUUGAUGUGGCUUCAAUCAAUAUUCGUUUGCGAGUGCAACCUGAAAUACUACUAUAUGGUGUAUUUAUGAUACUACACUAUGAGUUUUAUUAUGUUCCGACUGUAGAACCAUUCUAUUGAAUGUACUUGUUGUGAGGACUGGAAGAAGUCCUGUUUGUUAGUUCUACAGUGUUGAAAACUACUAUAUAGGUAAACCAUAUUUGUUUUACCUCCACAUUAUAUCUUUCCACUUUAAUUUGUAAGGGUGAUAUUUUGUAUCUUAUAGCUUAAGCUCUAAAUUUCUCUAUGCAAUCUUUAUUCUCAAUGUAAUAAUCUUAUAGCCAAUUUCUAUUUUGUUUCUUAACAUUUUUAGCAUUUAAUAGAUAAUGUUCUGCUUCUAUCACAACAGUAGUAAUACAACAAAUAUGUUAUGUAUUGUGUGCAAGAGAAUGCAUAACACAAUUGUGUCUUUAAGUGCAGUUUACUGAUGUUCUGUGAGGGGUAGAAUCUGUGGGUGUAUAAUGCCAGUUCAUUUCUUUCCAUAGUGAUCUACAAAAGCGAAACCCACGACUUGUGCAAUCUGUUUCACAUAUACAUGAAAUAUUUUUUUGUCUCUUUAUGCUCUUACUCAUUAACCACCUGUUACCCAAAUUCAACCCUUGAGGCAAUUUAUUUUCCAAAAAGUUUCAAUUAAAACAAGGCAUAAUGUAAUUUUUUAAAUGUGUCUGUUAAUAUAGAUUAUUUUGGUUUUGACAGUUUUUCCCAAGUAACAUUACACAUGCAUGCAUAUUGCUGCCCGUAAAAUUCUUUUUGCCAAAACACAACAAAAAUUCAACAUUUUGUAAAAAUUACUCAGGUUUUCUUUAUUUAAGGUGAACCUGUCAUGCAGUGUUGUAUUUUGGAUUGUUUCUACUCUAGGCAUGAUGAAAUUUAGGCAACUCCCAAUCUAAAUUCGCUAAGCCUCUUCCCGUUGAGGCCGCACCUCUUCCUGUUUAAGACCAACAAACAGUUUAACUGACAGACACCCACUGACACACUCACUCACUGGCAGGCACACACUCCCAGAUUCACAUACAGUGGCAUAUUUUCACAGACAGACACACACUGACAUACACACAGUUUCUGACACAUUCACUGACAGACACACACACAUUCACUAACAGACACACACUAGCAGACACACCCACUAAUUUACUAACAGCUUAACAGAUGCACACACACAGCAUACACUGACAGACAGAUACACUCACUAAGAGAUACACCCUUACAGACACACACAUUCACACAGACACACACUGACAGGCACAUGCACAUUCACUCAUAGACACAUACUGACAGACACACACAUUAACUAACUGUCACACAAAUGUGCUGACAGGCACACACAUUCACUCACAGACACAUACCGACAGGCACACACACAUUCAUUCACAGGCACUCUGAUACUGACACACUCACACUCACACAUACAUUUACAGAUUAUAUAUAUAUAUUUACAAUUUUAAUUUAAAUCCACUCAACCUCCCUACCUUUGGGAGAGUUGGAGUGGAUUCUUCCCUGGGGUCAAGUGGGGCUGGCUGAUGUUGUACUGGCUGGGUGGCUGGGCUGCUGGGCUGCUGGGCUGCUGGACUGGCUGGUUCGCUAGGCAUGUGGGAGCUGUAAUGCUCCUGCUCCCCUCCCUCGCACACUGCUCAGUGGGGGCCGGAGUGAAAUAAUCGUCUGGCUCCCGGCAUUACUGCGGGGUGCACAAGGGAGUUGAGCAGGAAGAGCUCAGAAGAUAGCGCUCCCUCGUCGUUCGUCUGCAAUAUUAGCUGCUGUCUUCUUCAGGGGGCCCUGAGGUGGUCAGUCAGUCAGAAAAGAGGCUAGCAGGGCAUCUGCCAGGGCGAUUGGUGGGGUGCCAUUCUUUGCCCAAGACAAAUGCCUUCUUAGCCUCAUUAAAGAUACUGCACUGCUGUUAUGCCAGAUUCACGUUGUUCUAUAACAAGUCACUAAAUGUAUAAUUUAUUAUUCUGACCGCCAUUUAUCAGCACUGCCAUACUAAAAUGUCUAUGGAUAUCACAGUAUUAAAACAUUGUAGCAAAUUCAAGCAGGGCAUUCCUCCCUCAGUGGCAUCACUACAAGCACAUCAAUAUCAGAACAUCAUAUACUCUCAUGGGAGGCAUGGUAAAGAGGGGCAGAGAGCAAUUUCCUUUCAGUUCACUGACAUGGGAGGGUUGGCAAAGAUCAGCACUGUAUGGGUUUGAACAUGAGAUGGUGACCUCUACUCAGAAUGAUUUCACUGGCCUUUGGGAUAUUUGUUGGUGGACUGCGGUAUUUGAAGAUGACCAGGCUACUAGAAUACAGAAGGAUGUAUAAUGUCCCUGGAAGUGUUUGUCAGUAAUCUCAUGGUGAGAUGAGCAAGUGAUUAGGACUCUGAUAACACACUCUGGUUGUCAUUAAUGUUAAUGGUGUCAAUGGAAACCUGCAUCUCAUAGGCAUACACAGGUCUCUUUCAAUGCUCCUUCCAAUUGGAAGGAACAUUGAGGGCAUUACAGGAGCCCUCAGCAAAGUGGCAACCCUAACUCCAGGGUAACCCCAGAUGCCUCUUCACCCUCAUGGAAUUCCCUCUGAAGAGUGUUGUAAUAGAUGGCUUGGGACACGAGCAAUAACCGGUUAGAGAUUCACCAGAUCGCAAUACCGUUCCAAUUCAGCAAAUAGUGACACAUAGUCUCAGGGUAUCUCCUUGUCAGUUGCUCAGAGGGUGAAUAGGUUCUGGUGAUCCCCAAAGUUCAACCAACUCCAGCUGUGGGUUUAAACAAGCAUCUGGAGCCCCCUCCUGUGACACGUAAUAUUAAAUAUUCUGGGAAGUGACAAUCCCACUUUAACACACCCAGGGAUAUUUGGUUCUCCUAAAAAGUCUUAAAGUUUUGGUGGUGGUCAGCUACCAGAGUGAAUGUAUAGCUUUAGGUCAAUGACCCCCUGUCUUUCUGCGCCUCUCUAUUUAAUAGGUAAAAACAUAGAUUUCAUGCACUUUUGUUUUAAAGACGUAUAACUUUUUGAUAAUAUAUUACUUUAGGGUAGAAAAUAUUUAUUCAUGGAUAAAGUUAUACAUGUGAAUAUUCAGAAAUUUACUCCAAUGUUCCAGUUUCCACUGUAUUCAAUAUGUGUAGCUUUUUAAAACCCUCACACAAGUAAUAAUGAGGUUGUUGAAUUAGUGUUUGAUGCUUAUUGGGACGUGACACUAUCUUUGUGCACUCAAGCAAUGUUUAUCUAUAAAAAAUAUGUGCUGAACUAGUCUAGUCAGAGUCUAGUUUGUCAUCUCAAUGAUAGAUAGAAAUUUAGCAAGACUCCAAAAUUACGCUGUGACCUUUUGUAAUAGCCUCAUCUGCCUUCAAUUAAACCAUGUGACAAUCUGAAAAAGGCAAUGUCCUGCUGAAUAAAUCCUUUUUCUAUAUAUCUAUUGUGACAUGUUUAGGUAGUUCUUCUUUACUGAGAUUUGCAAUGUAUGAGAUCAUAUACUUAUUAACCUUUAAGAGCCAAGUUUACUUAUUUCUUUAGUGAUAUUUAACCAUGUUUUCUAGAGAUAUUUAGUGAUAUACUUCAACAAGAAAUAAAAAAUAAAUAGAAUGCAUAAAAUGGAUGAAAAUAUCUACAUGAAUGGAUGUAGUUUAACCAAAAGCUAUUAACAUUUAUUUGAAACAAAUGAUUCAUAUGGAAUAAAAUAUAAUUUCUAUAUAUAAAGUACUAGUCAGGGACAAUGAAAGAAUUAAAUUCAUUAAACCAUUAGAAAGAUUUUGAAGGAGACAAAAUGUUCUAGAGAUAUCUGAUUAUCCACUUAUGCUAUAAUAUAAAACAGUAUAGAUACAAUAUCAUUUACGACGUAAAAUUGAUUGUGUUUUGUGAAGCACAUAUAUGUGUGACUUUGCUGUGGCUUCGGCAUCACUUCAAGGUGUACAUUAGAGCUGUGUAGCAAGGCAAAGCAAAGUGAUCACAGCCCCCACUAGGCUAAUGUAGGCAGGGCCGCCAUCAGGAGUUGACAACCAUAAUGGGGCCCGCACGCUGAUGGGGCCCAUCGGGUGGCCCACGCACUUAAGGCCACCCGAUGUGUCCCAUAUCUACAGGGGCCCAGUCAGCACUGUGGCCGUGGUAUAGCGCGACCAGGCCCCUUUAAAAAAAUAAAAAAUACAGCCGUAGUGCAAGUGCUGCUGGGAGGAAGUGGUCACUUCCUCCCAGCUCACUCCGCAUGGGAGGAGAGCGCGCCCGGCAAUGAAGAGGGAGAGCCAGCCGACUCCCAGUCCCAUCAGCCCCAGCCACCCUCCUGCAAAGACAAGGUAAGAGACAGGAGGGUGGCUGGAGAAUGAGCUGUGUGUGUAUGUGUAUGUGAAUGUAUGUCUGUAUAUAUGUCUAUGUCUGUGUGUAUGUAUAUAUGUCAUUAUGUAUGUAUGUCUGUAUGUAUGAAUGUCUGUCUGUAUGUAUGUCUAUGUCUGUGUGUAUGUAUGUCUGUCUGUGUGUAUGUCAUUAUAUGUGUAUGAAUGUCAGUGUAUGUAUGUCUGCAUGUCAUUAUGAAUGUGUGUAUGUAUGGAUGUCAGUGUCUGUAUGAAUGUAUGCAUGCCAGUAUGUAUGUAUGUCUGUAUGCAUGUCUGUAUGUCUGUCUGUAUGUAUGUAUGUCUGUAUGCAUGUCAUUAUGUGUGUAUGAAUGUCUGUCUGUCUGUAUGUAUGCCAGUAUGAAUGUAUGUCUGUAUGUCAUUAUGAAUGUAUGGAUGUCAGUGUCUGAAUGAAUGUAUGUAUGCCAGUAUGAAUGUAUGUCUGUAUGUAUGUAUGCCUGUAUGCAUGUUUGUAUGCAUGUCAUUAUGUGUGUAUGAAUGUCAGUGUAUGUAUGUCUGCAUGUCAUUAUGAAUGUGUGUAUGUCUGUCUGUCUGUAUGAAUGUAUGUAUGCCAGUAUGAAUGUCUGUCUGUAUGUCAUUAUGAAUGUUUGUAUGUCCUUAUGCAUGUGUCUGUAUGUAUGUUAGUAUGUGUCUGUCACUAUGUACGCCUGUGUGUCUGUAUAUGUGUGUAUGUCAGUAUGUAUGUCCAUAUAUGCGUAUCAGUAUGUGUGUGUGUCUGUUAGUAUGUAUCAGUGUGUGUGUGUAUCUGUGUCCUUUUGUAUCAGUGAAUGUGUUUGUGUCUGUGUGUGUAUUCCUGUGGGCGGGAUUUGGAGGUGGUCUCUGUGGGCGGUUUUGGAGGCGGGCUCCCAGGGGCCCAGACCCUGAACUCAGUUAGGGGCCCCAAAAUUUCUGGUGGCGGCCCUGAAUGUAGGAAAGCUGGGUGGAGCUCCUAAAAAAAUAAUAAUAAUAAUUUAUGCAUGGUGCAUGUCCAUAUGUCCCAAAUUUAUGUAUUUUCUUCUCUAUCCAUAUCAGGCUAUGGAGCUAAUUAAAAAGGGGAAUUGGGGUGGGCACACCCGAAACUUGCAUUUCUAAGUAGUGGUGCUGCCGUAAAGACCAAUAUAUAUACCCAAAUCACAGAUUAGGGAACAGUGCACACACACAAAAAAAUUCAGUUUAAAAUUUAAUCAUUUACUUUAGAAAACAAAAAUAUUUUUUCACACAUGACUUCUCUAUUUUGGCUUUAUUUUUUCUAAUUAAAUCAUGACACCGUGUAAUAUGUCAUGUGUUGUUGUUCAUUUGAAGUUGUAUUUAUCUAAUUUUAAGACCUGCUAAGGAGCAGAUGAUUGACAUUAUGCCCUGAUAUGUAAUACCAUAGAAUGUUAUGAAUGUACUUUCUUUUUCCCAUGAUGUAGAUAGACAAUUGAUAGUUAUGUAUAUUUAAAUAGCUCUACAACAAAAUAAAUAAAUAUAUUUCUUUGAUUAGACUCUUACCAGUAGGUCUACCUUGCAUUGGGAAUAGCAGAAUCUCUUAAAUAAUCAGCUGUGAAUAAAUACCUACAAUCUGAUGAAAAUACCAUUUCUGAGGUUGGUGAAAAACCCCUGAUUUAUGUACUAAGAUAUGCAAAAUCUACGAUUGAUGAAUGACAUAGAUUUGUAGAUUAUACUGACAUUUGGUCUAAGAAAAUAACCAAAGGUAGACAUUUCAGAAAAAUGUUAAUGGUAAUUGGAGUUUGCAGUUAACUUUGAAAUAUGAUGUGAACAACAUUAAAAUUGUUACCAUAAUGGUUAAAAUGAAAGAUAAUAAGAUGGCAAUCAAAUUAUAUAGAAAGCCCAUGGCAGUAUUUUACCUACUACAAUAUAAAUCAUGUCAUCCUUACUCAGUCAAGAGUAAUUACAUUCAGUUAGAUUUAGGAAUAUUAGAAACUCGGUUUACGCUUAUAAGGAUGUAUUCUAUUACAAGAGUUAAAGGUACACAAAAGGCACCCAGACACCACCACUCCACCCCAAGUUUAAACCUUGCAAGUGAACACAUUGCCAUUCUGCAGAACGGCAUUGUUUAAAUUCCUAUAGUGGCUAUCAUUCAGUAAACUUUGCUAUUUCAAGUAGAUUGUCUCAUACAGACCAUCUCAUUGGCGCAGCAAAGUGUUUUGCUGUGCAUGUGCACUAGCCUCCCGAUUCUUUUACAUGGUAAAGCAUUGAAUUGUACUCAGAUAAUCGAUCUCAAUGAUCUCAGCCAAGGAGGUGGGCACUGCCAGGUAGAAAAGGUAAGUAAAAUAUUUUUUUUCUUCCUACAGGUGGGUGCCGUGGACACUUAUUUGUAUUCCAAAUGCUAUAGUGUUUCUUUAAACUUAGUUCUGCUAACUGAAUAACAGAUCUUCUAUUAAUAUAUAUGGGAAAAUUGAUGUUCUAUCUACUCAUCUCAUAUAAGAGAGAUCUGGUCUGCCGUGAGCAGAUUUGGACAGAGAAACUGUUCACAAAGAAUUUUACAGAAUACAGUUACAGAAUUAUUAUCCUCUAAUGAGUAAUAUAGUACAUUUCAAUCCAGGUCAUGUCAAGAUUUUUGCUUAUUUUUUUGUCCUAAAUAAAAUUAACUAUAACGUUAGUGACAAUGAUAAAGGGAUUGGCAAAAAGUUAACGUUUUGAGACAAUAAAAUUUAUGCAAAUAUACCACUAAACAUUAGGGAUGGUGAAUAAAGUACAUGUUCUAUUUUUCUUAUUUGAUUUAAAAAGAAAAUAUGCUUUCAAAUUGAAUAAAUAUAAACCUAUAAUAUUAAUCUGAUGGUAUACACAUCUUUACAAUAUGCCCAUCAAUUAUUGCUUAUCAUAUGGAGAAAUCAACAAAAAUAUAUAAUAUGUUAACUCAUGUCAAAUGUCUUGUCAUGUCAAAUCAUGAUAUUAUAAAUCACUGAUAAGACCACAUACUAAAUAUGCUGAGCAAUUUGGGGCACCUGUUUUAAAGAAGGAUAUUUUGGCACUGGAAAGAGUACAGAGUUGGGCUAGAAAAUUAAUAAAAGGAAUGAAACAUUUUAGCUAUGAAGAAAUAACAAAUUUAACCUCUUUAGUUUAGAAGAACAUUGCCUCAGAGAGGAUAUGAUAAAAUUAUACAGCUAUAUCCAGAGCCAAUGCAAACCAUUGUGUGGAAAUAUAUUCACAAACAGGACUAUACAUAGGACACAAAGUCAUGUGUUUAGACUGGCAGAAAGAAGAUUUAGUCUAAGGCAAAAGAUAGUUUUUGGGGUUUUUUUACCAUAAGAACAAUAAGGAUGUGGAAUUAUCUGCCUAAAGAAGUGGUUUUAUCAGAUAUGUACAGAUGUUUAUUUGCAAAAACAUAAUAUUCAAUUAUAUAUUUUUUUUAACUGUAGGGUAAUAGCUUCUUGAUCCAAGGAUACAUCUGAUUGCCAUUCUGGGGUCAAGAAGGAAUUUGUUUCCUAGUUUGUUGCAAAACUGAAAGUGCUUCACACUGUUUUCCCCCCUUUCUUUUGGAUCAACAGCAAAAAUCGGAUGUGAGGAAGGCUGAACUUGAUGGGCAUGUCUCUUUUCAGCCUAUGUGACUAUGCAAACUAUGUUCGAUUCUGCAUGAGGCAGACCAAAAAUAAGAUUUCUUGGUCACUUUACUGUUUCUGCCCUGGUAGUCAGAUAUGUUAGAUAUAUAUAUAUAUAUAUAUAUAUAUAUAUAUAUAUCUGUGUGUGUAUGUUUGCAUGUACAUUUGCUUACAGUAUUAAUAUAAAAAAUAAUCUUCCCAUGUUAUGCAUCCUAGAGUCUAGUUAGAACUGACAUUCAUACUGAAAAAGUCUAUCAUUGACUCUCACUAUUAUGUAGCCUUUUAAUAAAAUUUGAAUUUCUGGGAUUUGAAAUCUGCCAUUUCUAAGGUUAAAUGGUCUUCCCCCAGUCUAAUUUGCAAUGCAGUCCAUCUAUAUUUGGACAGGGACAAGUUGUACUAUCUAACUAUUUACUUUAAUAAACUGGUUUUCAAAUGUAUCAUGUGGGUGCAUGUUUUACCAGAGACCUUGAACUGCAUAGGAAAUUCAAUAAAUCAGUCACUUAAUUUCAGUGGAUAAAUCUGAAUAGGACAUAUUAGCAUAACCUUAAACAAAGCUGUCAAGUGAAGUACUUGAUUGCAAAUACUUUGCAUUUAAUAAAAUCCUGGAAUCUAAAAUCCACAGACAUAUCAGACAUUAGGCAGCCAUCUUCUCUUCUAAUGAUCUGUCAAACCUGUACUGCAGCAAUCAUCCUGUUUGUUUUGGGGCACUUGUUCUUUGUCUUGUCUUAGCAAGUAAAAUUAAUUCUCAGUUAGAGUCAGAUGGGGUGAUUGUCUCUGUCAGUCACAAACAUUCAAUUUUUUUUCCCAAUUUGACAAUUUUUAUUUUGUCUUAAACAGGUGGAUGGUACAGAAAGGAAGAAGGGGGGGUUAAAAGGAAAGUAGUUUGACAUUGCAUACAGUAAACUCGCAUCAUUUUCCUACAUUACAUUACACAACUGAAUUUGAGGUGAUCACAUUUAUUUCUCUUGUGGACUGUGGACCAAGAUGGAGUCUUUCUGUCUGUGUCGGCCCGUAGGAGGGUCAUUCUGUUUUAGAAUGCCCUCGCCCAGGUACUGGAAUGUGGAGGUAGGUAGCGUGAGCGGGAGCAGCUUUAGAGGGUGGAGGAUUAAAAAGGGAAGGAAGGAGGUUGUAGCAUCCACAUCCUAGUUGUAAUGAGGGUUUUGGGCACAUUGGCAUUAGUAUGGCUUCAUGGUUUUAUGGUCAUAUGGUUUCCGCUUGUGCUUAGGUAUGCCUCGCGAUGGCUUGCUGGUUGUGAUAUCUUUAUGACCCGGUGGCGGCCCCGUGUUUAGGUGCGGUGUGUGUCAUCCCUAUAAAACUGACAUUCAAGUCAGGUGUUUCAGCUCCCAACUUUCCCAUACCUCAUGUCUCCAACUCUUGUGAGGCGGUACACGUGAUAUAUUGGAUUUAUAUUUCCCAAUUUGGGAGAUAUGUCUGAUUAUUUCUUGCAUUGAUGUAUUAGUUGGUGACAGCCAGGUUUUUGCAAUAAACUGUUGGGCUGCCACGAGUAUGUGGAAUAUUAAGUAUUUUAUUGGUCUAGGGUAGUUGGCAUUGAACAUAAAUAAGAGUAAAGAGGUUGGGGAGUUCGGUAUCAUGACAAAGGUGUUUUGGUGUAUUAAUGAAAUGACUGCACUCCAAUAUGGUUGGAGUUUCGAACAGUUCUACCAGGUAUGGAGUAAUGAGCCAGUCUCUUUCUUGCACCGCCAGCAGGUGCUGGACAUCGAUGGGUCCAUAGUGGCUAAUCGUGUAGGGACCAUGUACCAGCGGUAAAAAAGUUUAAGGUUAUCUCUAGGUGGCAGGCACAGGAUGUUAUACCUCUGGUUGCAUUUGCCGAGGCUAGCCAGGCUUGUUCUGACAGUGUCUGACCAAGGUCCUUCUCCCAGGAGUGUACACAAGUAAGGGAUUUAAUUAUAUGUCUGGGCACUAAUAGCACAUAUAUGGUGGAUAUGGGCUUUUUCACCGGUUUCUCUGCUGUAAUAAGCUUUUCAAAGGCCGUUAGGUUAGUGCUAGCAUGGGACGUAGUAUGUGGGUUCUCCACAGGAUGACAAUUGUAGGUAAGAGUGGUGCGCGGUGUUCGGCAGUCUUUUUUAGUUCGUCAAAUGUGGCUCGUUUGCCUUUGUCCAGGAGGGUGUGUACAUAAGACACCCAACACCUGUUCCAAACUCUAUAGUUGAAGUCAGGUAUCACUUGCGCUACUACUUUAAUGGGGGCUGAGCGGGGGGUCGGGUGGCGGCUGCACAGGAGUCCGCGGGAGAUAUCCCAGAUUUUUUGCUUUGGCAAAGUGGCUGGAAGUGCUUGGAAGGCGUCCCCUUUUUGGUGGGGGGACAGCUACAUCACUGUUUUAAUGUCUUGGUUUUGCAGCCAGUGCUGUUCUAUGUAGACCCAUUGGGGACAGUUCGUUGCUUGGGUGAUGGAAAAGAGGCUAGCUAAUACAGCUGCUCUGUGGUAUAGUUGCACAUUGUGCAUGCUCAACCCAGUGUGCUUUUGGGUUGAUACAGUGUGGAUAUGUCUACUCUUGGUCUUUUCCCCUGCCAGAUGAAUAGAUUGAUUUGUUUUUGGAGUAGUGUAACAUAGCCCAAAUCUUGGAGCCCACCAAUGUCACACUGUGCCUGCUGUAAGGAGAGCCCUGUUUUCUGUCAAACUGCUUGAACACAGGGGAGAGCACCUAAAUACAUAUUGUACUACAGCAAUACAUGAAGCUAUAUUUUUAGUAGUACUUAAAAUGUAAAUUUUUUCCACGGUUUCCUCUUUUAGUCACUGUGGAACUGGAACAGGUUAAGUUGUAUAUCUUUAGUACCGUACACUGUAUUAAAGAACACUAUAGUUGUUAUUGUAAUUUUUAGUAGGCUAGCUGAUUUUCUUCCGUCUGCUGUGGAUGCUUUUUAGGAUCACAAUGAAAGUAUAGCCUGAAACAAGCACUUGCUGUACUGUUAGGUAUUUAAUGCAAUCCUGUCAUACUAUCUAACUAAUAGAGGUAUACAUCAAGAUUCUGCUCUAGAGCUCCCCCUAGGUAACCUGGAGGAGUACUGUAAACUUUUUCUGUUUAUAAUGGGUAGUAGCUUCAAGAACUGAUUGAUGAAAAAAUAAAUAGAAAAAAAACAAAAAAAAACCUUAAGAACUAAAUAUCCAGGACUCUAGAUUCAAAUGUCCCCUAGCGACAUAUGUUAUUGGUGGUUUGCAGUCUUGGAGCCAAAGUAUCUCAGGAUAUGCUGAUGCCAUUUUCUCUAGUUCUCUUUGAUAAUUUCAAUAUUGAGCAAUGUCAAUAUGUGUAAAAAAAAGGUUCCAACUGUUAUACACAUUUUUCAUUCAUCUUGUAGUGGUGUGCCACGCUGUUUGCUAUUGCUGAGUUCCUCAGUGCAUUUAGGAUUUAUCAUAAUACAUCACACAAUUGAUUUUGACACAGUUAAAGUUUUGGCUACAUCUCUGAUCAGUUUAUUCACAUUGUUUUUCACUUGAUAUAGACUUUUCUACUGCUACUCAUAUUGUGAAAGAAAAGUAAUACCUAUAGUCAUCUUGUUAGAUGUAUUGUUACUAAAAGAAUGACGCGCAUGCAUCAGAAACCACUGCAGAUCCAAUUAUUCACUUAUGUUUGGUCCCAUAGCCCCUUAAGGACACAACGUCUGAAAUAAAAGGGAAUCAUGACUGAAUAUUUCCGUCAUGUGUCCUUAAGGGGUUAAAUGCAGACUACCCUAAAAUAUAUAUAUAUAUAUAUAUAUAUAUAAAUAAUAUACCAGUGCACAUAAUUCAUGUAAUCAAUGUUGAAUUUAACAUACGGACAUAAAAUAUAAAAACCUUGGUAAAUCCAAAUACAUAUGGACCGCACUAAAGUGGCUUUUCAAAAGCAUUCUACAUUGGAUCAUUGUCAACUCAAUUUUAUGAGCAAAUGUUGUAUUAUAAGACACAUGUGUUUCCUAUUAAAACAAUAUCAGUACUUGACAUGCAAAUCUGGGAGAAAGUAGUACAUUUAAAAGGGAUGUUCUGUGUUGGUUAAUAUACACUUUCUCCAGAAUAUUGUUGCAAUUCUGGUUUGGUAAAUAUGACUUUUUUGUAAAUGUUUUCCAAUAUAUCUGUUAAUUUGGUUGACUGGUAUCAUCACUUGUUUCUUAAUUUACUGUUUAAGCAUAUAUUGUAUGAAAGAUGUUAAAAAUUGCUACUUUUCUUUGCAUCCUAUGGUCUAUUUUGAAAAAAAAAAAAACACAGGGUUAGACGACAUGAUAAAAAUAGCAUUUUUGUUACAAGCAGCUUGCUUUGAGGAAGCCUCUGGAGGCUAGUAUGAAUUAUACAUCAAACCAUAUUUAUUAUGUGCAAGUCUUUUUAAGCUUUACUGGAUUACUAUGAAAAAUGUAUGAUACAUCUGAUUGGUAUGUUUACAUAGUAUGAUGGAUUACAAACUGUUUUUCCCUGUUUUAUAGGAUAGCUUUCCUGCACGUUUUGGAGGAAUCCAUUUUGUCAAUCAACCCUGGUAUAUCCAUGCCUUGUAUACUGUCAUACGUCCAUUCUUGAAAGAAAAGACACGAAAAAGGGUACCUCCAAUGUCCUAUAAUUUCCCUCAAAAAGCAUCCUUCUUUAAAUACACUCCUUUCGAUACAAAUGCUCUUAGUGAAAUCCACUUUGUACCACUCUAGAUUUAAACAGUUAACAUGCACUAAUCAGUUGAUAUAGGAUGUGUCAUGCUUCUGAUCAGGUCAGAGAUGAGACUGAAACUAUGGUUAAUUGCAGGGUCUUUUUUUUUUUUAUCUUAGACAUGAUUUGUCUUGAAAAUAAUAAAAAUAGCAGGACUUUUAGGAAGAGAGAAUAUAGAAAAGGGAAAAAAGAAGAAUCAAUUAAUGUACUUAAGAGGCAAGUAUUGUGUACCAAAAAAAAAAAAAAGAGAAAACCUACAACUGAGAAUUAUAGGUUACACGAAAAACAAAAUACAAUAGACAGUGUUAAAAUAGAAUUAUAAAAGGAUAAAGCAAUACAGGUAAGAGACAUUUGGUGGAUAUGCCACUUUUGGCUUGCAGGUUGUAUAGCAGGUUUUGGAUAUAUGAGUUAGAGUCCUUUAGAAUUAUAAUCUUCAAGGGUGUUUGGAAUCUUCACUUAAAUAAUUUUCCGUAAAUGCAGUGACAAUUCAAUAUUAAACUCAAUUCCAAUAAUGUAGGAUACAAUUAGCAUUCGCAGGUUAGGUUACCUCCAAGUAUAUCAUUAGUAAGUAGGUUUUGUCCAAGUAGAUUUUGUCCAAAUGUAUGGUUAAUAAGCAGGUAUUCUCCAAACGUAUUAGUAAUAUGUAAGCUUGGAAAGUAGCAGGUUGAAAUAAAUAUUUCCAGGAUAUAACAGGUUUUUGUAGGAGCCAGUAUCAGAACACAACUACAUUUAAUGUCAAGGCAAAUUGUGUAGCAGGGUGUGGCCUCUUAUAGCAGGUCUAACUGAUAUGAGAGGCAGGUGAGAGAAAGUUUCUUCAGUCUAGUGGCUAGGGAGUCCACUAGUGGAGAAAACUGGAACAUUUUUUAAAGAAAUAGAAAUAAAAGAAACUAGAUUCUGUCAUCAGGAUAUGAUCCUGACAGGAUGGUACAGUAGAUUGCAAGUUAUUAAUUCCAAAAUUAAGAAAUAAACAAAAGAUAAACAAUUUAUGACAUUAAGAUUAAAUAGCAAAGAUCCAAAAAUUUUAAAAUUCCAAGUCUAGUCUAGCUCAAAAUGGUUAUUUUGAUAUAUACUUUACAUAACUCUAUUUUGGAAGGUGGAGAAACUAACAUCCCAUAAACAUAAUUUUUUUUUUUGUUUAUUGGGCUUUGGUAAGGAAACUUAUAGAACAUAACCUUUAACCCCUUAAAACCGGAGGGCGUACUAUUACGCCCUAUUCUAAGCGGCUCUAAAUGCCGCAGGGCGUAAUAGUACGCCCUCCAUUUUUUUUACUUACCCAGUCGCCCCCAGGGAGUCCCCCGCGGCAGAUCCUGCCUCUUCCGGCCCCCCCGGCCAUGUGAGAGUGAGGUCCUUGUGAGGACCUCACAAUCACAUGACCGGGUUAGCUGGCUGCUGCAUUGCCAGCAGGGGGACUGCCUGUAAUGACAGUUAGUCCCCCUGCUGGCUGAAUUCAAAUAAAAUAAAAUUAAUCAGUGUAAAAAAAUAAUAAAAAAAUAUAUAAUUAGAUCAUAUAUAUAUCAAAUUACACGUAGACUGAUAUUGAUUAAAUAUAUAUAUAAUUAUUGUUAUAUAUAUAUUUAUAUAUAAUAUAAAAAAAUUUAAAUACUUUAAAAAAUAAAAUUAAAAAAAUAAUUAAAAAUAAAAAUUAAAAAAUAUAUAGAUGUGUGUUAUUUUGUUCUAACUGUAUUGUGAUAUUUAUAUAUAUAUAUAUAUAUAUAUUUAUAUCAAAAUACACGUAGAACGAAAUAAUAUAUAUAUCUAUAUACAUAAAUAUAUACACUAUAUAUAUACCUAUAUAUAAAUAAAAAUAUUUAAAAAAUUAUAUAUAUAUAUAUAUAUAUAUAUAUAUACACACAUUUGUAUAUAUAUAUAUAUAUAUAUACAUACAUAUAUUAAUUCUACAUAUAUAUUUAUGUAAUAUUUUUACAUAAUUAGGUAUUUUAAUUAAUUACAAUUAGCGGGACCUGCCUGACAACCCAUGCCGAAAGUAUAGGGAAUUUAAUUUGCUAGCACUAUAUUUAACCCUAUAACUUUCCAAGACACCAUAAAACCUGUACAUGGGGGUACUGUUUUACUCGGGAGACUUCGCUGAACACAAAUAUUAGUGUUUCAAAACAGUAAAAUGUAUUACAACGAUGAUAUCGCCAGUAAAAGUGAAGUUUUUGCAUUUUUCACGCACAAACAGCACUUACACGGACGAUAUUAUUGCUGCGAUACUUUUUACUGUUUUGAAACACAAAUAUUUGUGUUCAGCGAAGUCUCCCAAGUACAACAGUACCCCUCAUGUACAGGUUUUAUGGUGUAAUAUAAGGCUUGUGUUUCAUUUUUUUCACAUUAAAAUUCGCAAGAUUGGUUAGGUUGCCUUUGAGACCCUAUGGUAGCCCAAGAAUGAAAAUUACCCCUAUAAUGGCAUACCAUUUGCAAUAGUAGACAACCCAAGGUAUUGAAAAUGGGGUAUGUCCAGUCUUUUUUAGUAGCCACUUAGUCACAAGCUAAAUAUUUGAUAUUAAAUGAAAGCCCUGUGUCCCCUGAAUAAAAUGAUAUAUAAUAAGGGUGGGUGCAUUUAAUAUGAAAGAGGUGCAUUACGGUUGGACAGACAUGUAGCGCAAAUGCCAGAUUUUGUUCACGUUUUGUUCACAACGUGUACAUUUGGCUCAGUCCUUAAGGGGUUAAAUUAAGUAAGCAAGAGCAAGUUGUUUAUAAGAUAGAUAGACAGACAUACAGACACAAACAGACAGACAGAAAGAAAGAAAAGUUAUUGAUAUGUAUACUUAAAUAGCUCUAGAACAAAAAAAAUCAAUAGCCUCAUGCAAUACAAUGGUUAGCACACGUUAUGCCAUCCAAAAUAUAAAUACAUAAGAACAUAAAUUAUAUGACAAUGUGAAAAUAUCUGCAAAUUUCUAAAACUUAAAGGAGCACUAUAGGGUCAGGAACACAAACAUGUAUUCCUUACCCUAUAGCGUUAAAAUACAAACAAAGAAGAGUAUACACACUAAGAGAGUAUAGUGCGAAACGUAUUGUAGGGAGAAGUCCCAAGUGUACCUCAUUAACACCUAAAACAUAAAUAACAAAAAACAUAAAGUGGAAACUCCUCCCAAUACGUGACAAUAUAUAUAGAAAAUAUACAAAUAACCUGGAAUCAGGCAGUGAUUCGUGAGUGGAAUCUGUAUAGAAAAUUACAAAACUAACAUAGCGUAAUACAGUUUAGUUCCAGUGAGUAGUAUCUAUAGAAAUAAGUGCACUCACAAACGAACAUGGAAACAGGCUUCUCACCCUCUCAGGGGUGGUAUGUUGUUUGAUGAGUAGACAACCAUCCGUGGAAUAUAUGUAAAUAAAAAGACUGAAUAUAGUGAAGUUUGUUAUAAAAGUGCAAAAUCACAUUUAUUGGUCUCACUUACAGUAGAAGGAAUGUUACAGGCAUAUCUCCAUAUAACAUGGAACUCCCAAACAGCAUGGAGGCAGGUCCAGAGGAGAAAACAAAAAUAAAUGAAGUAAUACACAGAAAAGAAAAUUAUUAUAUAAAAUAACACAAUUGAAUCAGAACUAAAAGUCCUUAAAAUAUGUAUCCAAUGCAUUUCGUCAUGCAGAAGGACUUCAUCAGGGAUAUUCAAGCAGUAAUCUUUGUAAGUAUAUAUAAGGAUGCCAAUAUCCUCCGGUAUUUGGAAUUCCCGGUGUGCGUGCAUUCGGCGUGCGUGCCAUUCAUGGAACGCAAGAAAGGGGAGGGAACCCUUAGCGUUCCAAUUACAAUAUUUCCGGAAACAUAGGACGCAUGCGCGCAAUAAACGCGCAUGCGCACACACAACAACCGGAACCUGUAGGGGACAAAAAGACACAGGGCGAAAAAUCCGCCCAGAUCUCAGGAGAACAGCAUUGUAGACACAAUAAACAUAUUAUACAGAAUGAAGAAUAAUAAUUAAUAAUAAUAAAUUAAAUCAAAUAAAUUAAAAACCAAAACAUAUUUCAAACCCACAGAUUGUAAUACGGCAAUUGAAUGUUCUAGUGCUCAUUAUCCUCCGUGGCUCUUAAAUGUUUCUAAGAGUCAACUAACCCGUAUCAGAAGAAAUUGUACUGAUAAUCAGGUUUUUUUAGAACAAUCGACAAUUAUAAAACAAAGAUAUGUAGAUAAGGGUUAUGAUCUUAAGAUAAUGGAGAAAACAGAGACAGCUAUCCUCCAUUCCGAUAGGACCCUUCUACUUGAAAAUAAAGAACAAAAGAAAGAUCACAGUGAAAUGAUUCAAUAUAAUUAUAAAAAUACACUAGUACAUAGUGAUAGAAGUAAAAAUAAUAAAAAUAAUUUCAAUAAUAAUUUUGAGUUUGCUUUCAUAACACAAUACAAUUCCCAAGCAAAAAAGAUAGAAAAAAAUACUCAAAAAACAUUGGCACAUCUUGAAGAGAGAUGAUAUUUUGAAGCAUAUGCUACCUAAAUUUCCCACGGUAAUUUAUAAAAAAUCAGCUAAUUUAAAAAAUAAAUUAGCGCCUAGUUUGCUUCCUAUAACUCCUUCUUGUAAUAACGUACUUAAAACUCCAAUACAGGGUUUCUUUAGUUGUGGUCAUUGUUCCACAUGUAAACAUCAAAAAAAGAAAAUGACUAAUUUUACAAGUACGUAUACGAAUAAAGCUUAUUAUAUUAAGAAACAUAUUCACUGUGCUUCUUCUUUGGUUGUUUAUCUACUAUAGUGUGGUUGUGGAGCCCAGUAUAUGGGACGCACUUCUAGAAAACUCCAUACUAGAAUCUGGGAACAUUUUAACAAAAUAAAGAAAAACAAAUCUGAUCAUAGUGUUCCUAAACACUGUUACUCAUGUCCUUUGUUUAGCUGGAAUACUUUCCAAGCAUUUGGAAUAGAUUUAGUUCAUUUGAAUUGGAGGGGAGGAGAUAAGUUACAAGAAUUAAUUAGGAAAGAAGCUUUAUGGAUUUUUAAUCUUAAAACCCUACAUCAGGGGCUUAAUCAAGAAAUCGAUUUACAAGGUCUUAUUUAAGUUCUUUAAUAUUUGAGCUAUACUGGGUUCCUCUUAAUUCUAAGUAAAUCGGAUCUUGCUUUUUAAGGAUACUGUUUUUUAUUCAUAUAAUAGUUUAAUAUAUAUGUAAUUUUUUAUGACUAACAUAACUUAUAUAAUAAAAAUUUUAUUAUUAUUAAUUAUUAUUCUUCAUUCUGUAUAAUAUGUAUUAUUGUGUCUACAAUGCUGUUCUCCUGAGAUCUGGGCGGAUUUUUCGCCCUGUGUCUUUUUGUCCCCUACAGGUUCCGGUUGUUGUGUGUGCGCAUGCGCGUUUAUUGCCCGCAUGCGUCCUAUGUUUCCGGAAAUAUUGUAAUUGGAACGCGAAGGGUUCCCUCCCCUUUCUUGCGCUCCAUGAAUGGUACGCACGUCGAACGCACGCACACCGGACACCGGGAAUUCCAAAUGCCGGGGGAUAUUGGCAUCCUUACAUAUACUUACAAAGAUUACUGCAUGAAUAUCACUGAUGAAGUCCUUCUGCCGGACGAAACGCGUUGGAUACAUAUUUUAAGGACUUUUAGUUCUGAUUCAAUUGUUUUAUUUUAUAUAAUAAUUUUCUUUACUGUGUAUUACUUCAUUUAUUUUUGUUUUCUCCACUGGACCUGCCUCCAUGCUGUUUGGGAGUUCCAUGUUAUAUGGAGAUAUGCCUGUAACAUUCCUUCUACUGUAAGUGAGACCAAUAAAUGUGAUUUUGUACUUUUAUAACAAACUUCACUAUAUUCAGUCUUUUUAUUUACAUAUAUUCCACGGAUGGUUGUCUACUCAUCAAACAACAUACUAGCCCUGAGAGGGUGAGGAGCCUGUUUCCAUGUUCGUUUGUGAGUGCACUUAUUUCUAUAGAUACUACUCACUGGAACUAAACUGUAUUACGCUAUGUUAGUUUUGUAAUUUUCUAUACAGAUUCCACUCACGAAUCACUGCCUGAUUCCAGGUUAUUUGUAUAUUUUCUAUAUAUAUAUUGUCACGUAUUGGGAGGUGUUGCCACUUUAUGUUUUUUCCUAUAGUGUUAAAACCAACAUCUAGCCCCCUGGCACCCUCUUGCCUCCCUAAAUAUAGCAAAAUCUUACUACUUGUAUUCAAGUAGUAAGUUGCUCCCUCUGCCGGAGAACUGCCUCAGUCUGCUGACAUCAUUGGAAGUGAUGAUGUGAGCUAAUCACAAUGCUUUCACAUAGGAUUGGCUGAGACUGUCAAGUUAGCAGAUCAAGGGCAGAGGCAGCACAAGUCUAACACAGCCCUGGUCAAUCAGCAUCUCUUGAUAUAGAUGAAUUGAAGCAAUGCAUCUCUAUGAGGAAAGUUCAGUGUCUGUAUGCAGCUUUUGGAGACAUUGAAUAGCAGUGCUUCUUACUCUGCAGCACUGCCAAAAGAAGCAGCUUUAGCAGCCAUCUGAGGAGUGGCCUGUGGAGUUAUCACUAGGCUGUAAUGCUAGGCUGUAAUGCAUUUGUCUGAAAAGACGGUGUUUACAGCAAAAAGCCUGAAGGAAAUGAUUCUACUCAACAGAACAAAUGCAUUAAGCUAUAGUUGUUCUGGUGACUAUAGUGUCCCUUUAACUAUGCUCUUCAUAGAAAACACUACAUAGAAGAAAACACUUGACAUUACAUAAAGUUUGCAAACUAAUUUGUCUUAUCUUUGUUUAGAUAUUUUUGCAUGGGAAUAAUCUCAAUAGCCUGCACCAACUGAUUCACCCAGAAAUCUUACCCUCUGAAUUUGGUGGGAUGCUGCCACCAUAUGAUAUGGGAACAUGGGCAAGAACGCUACUGGACCAUGAAUAUGAUGACGAGAGUGAAUAUAAUGUAGACUCAUAUACUAUGCCAAUGAAAGAGGUGGAAAAAGACUUAUCUCCCAAAGCUAUGAAGAGGUAUGGCACUCAUAAGUUUGAUUUAUUUUGUAUGAUCUCCUUGUGAGCAGGGUAUAAUAUCUUGGGCAAAACAUACAUUUUUAUGCAACUAUAGUAAUUCUGUUUUGUACAACUAUGGUGAUUCAAUUCAUCUCUAUGAGGAGAUGCUGAUUGGCACAGCACAGCUUUUUGAUUCACAUUGCUUUCCUUUCAGAAUGUAAUCGUGAUGUUCUCAGCCAUGGAGGCGGGGUCAGCCACUGAAAGACCAGUGUGGCAAUGGAAAGGGUACAUUUAAGUGUGGCAGAGAGGGGCACCAGGGACCUCAACAGCCACUCCAGCACUAUAGUGUUAGGAAGACAUGUUUGUAUCCCUAACACUAUAGUGUUCCUUUAAGUAAUUUUUAUUUACUAUGAAGACUAAUAGGUUCAUUUACUAAAGUGAGAAUUGUAGGCUAUUCAAAAUGAAUUCAAAGUAAACUUCAAGCUCAAGACCAAAGUAGCCAAACUGGAAAUAUUCUCAGUUAGCUAUGCUUCCAUUUUGGCCUAAAAUUCGAAAUUAACUUUGAAUGUCCCACAAUUCGCACUUUUAUAAAUAACCUUGUCAGACUACUAACUGAUAGUGUCAUACAUGUGAAAUCUGUAACAAACUAGAAGGAUUCAGAAAUUAUUCUAUAUACUUUUGGGUUACAGAGCUAUUACACAUAAAAAUGGAAAAUGAGUUUAGUGAGGCAGGAAAAACAAGUAUGUGUAGCAUGAUGCAAAUGAGCAUUAAAUGACUAGAUAUGAGUGGAAAUCCAUACUAAUUAUUGAGUCCAGGUGCCUUAGCCUCACCCAUUGCUAAAAGAUGCAUAAAGUCCAUCAAUCCACCACAAAAUCUCCAUAGAAAAACAUUGGCAAUACUGAAAAGGCUGCCACUUUGCCACAAGUCAGUUGGUUAAAAGUGUGUUUUACUAGAUUUGCCUAGGUCAACUCUAAGUGCUAUUAUUGUGAAUGGGAAGAUUCUGGGAAUAACUACAUACCAGCAAUGAAGUGGUAGACUAUGUAUACUAACUUGGGGGGAAGCCAAGUGCUGAAGCAAAAAAGCUAUAGAGUGAAAAAGUAUGAUUCUAGUACUAAUGGUACCAAUUAAAAUAGACCAAGUGUUCAAAGAAAGGAAAUCAUGGCACAAACUAAUAUAUGACAUAUGCAGCCAAAAAGGAGUGCACAACUGCAAAAUAUCCUCCACACAAAUUCAAUUAGUGCAAACAGUUCCGCAACAACAGUGAAAUAUUAAAAAAAUAUAAAAAAAUAAAAUAUGUAUCUUAUUUGUUUUAGGCUCAUAUAUCACACCUUUAAUACACUAUAGGUGGUGUUCUACCUAUCUUAUAACAGUUACAUGGUUGAAUGAUCAGUGAGAUGGUGGCAUUAAAUCUGCAUACAUUGGGUUGUGUCAAUACAAAUCACUUGAAUAAGACAAUCAAUUUGUUAUUUUUAUGUAAUAGUUUUUUUUUUCAUGUUAUCUUUCUUAUUGAAAUGAUUUGUUUUGCCACACCACAGCAUAUGCAGAUUUGAAUCCAGUGUGAAAACACUAUCUAUGUCACUGUGAUCAAACAGGUAGUAUAACACUUAUAAGAUUGUUGAAGUUGUGAUACAAAUGCAGUAUGAGCCUAAAACCAAUGAGGGCUUUAACCCCUUAGCGACCGAGGACGGUUCAGGACCGUCAUCUGCAUUUUUGCGUUGCCGACCGAUGACGGUCCUGAACCGUCCUAACGGUCAGAGCUACUUACCUGAUCACCGUCGUUCCCCCGGCGGCGAUCAGCGUUGCUCCGGUUGUGCGGAGACUGCCUGCAGCAUAGACAGUCUCCCCACACUGAAUUAGGACCCCUGUGGCCAUGUGAUCGCUUAACACAGUGAUCACAUGGUCACAAUAGGUGUCCAUGUGUCUGCCUGCAGGGGGACUGCCUGUGCUGACAGGCAGUCUCCCUGCUAGUGUAAAAUCAUAAAAGAAAAUAAAGGUACAUGUUAAUAAAAAAAAAAAAACUAUAUAUGUGUAUAUAUGAUAUAUAGACAUAUAUUAUAUCUAUAUAAUAUAUGUCUAUAUAUCAUAUAUAUAAUGCCAUACUAAGUGUAUUUUUAUAUUAAUAUGUACUUAUAUUAAUAUAAAAAUACACUUAUAAUUAAAUUACACACGUAUAUAUAUAAUAUAUAUAAUAACUAUAUAUAUUGUAUAUAUAUAUUAUUAUAAAAUAUAAAUAAUAAGUAAUUUAAAUUAAAUAAAAAUUUUUUUAAAUAAUAAUAAAAAAUUAAAAAAAAAUUAUAUAGCUAUAUGAAAUUUUAUUCUAACUGUAUUUUAAAAUUAAUAUAUAUAUAUUUAUAUCAAAAUACACUUAGAAUGAAUUUGUAUAUAUAUCUAUGUAUAUAAAAAUAAAUAAAAAUAAUAAGAAAUAUACAUAUGUCCAUAUACAAAAUUACAUAAAUAAUUAUAUAAAUAUACACGUAGACUUCAAAUAUAUAAAUAUGCAUAUAUAUUUAAAUUCUACGUGCGUAUUUAUGUAAUAGUUUUACAUAAUUCAGUAAUUUUAUUGAUUGCAAUUUAAGGGACCUGCCUGCCAACCCAGGCCGAAAUUCCAGAGAAUUGAAUUUGCUAGCACUGUAUUUUACCCUGUAACGUUCUACGACACCCUAAAACCUGUACAUGGGGGGUACUGUUUUACUCGGGAGACUUCGCUGAACACAAAUAUUAGUGAUUCAAAACAGUAAAACAUAUCACAGCGAUGAUAUUGUCAGUGAAAGUGACUUUUUUUGCAUUUUUCACACACAAACAGCACUUUUACUGAUGAUAUAAUUGUUGUGAUACGUUUUCCAGUUUUUAAACACUAAUAUUUGUGUUCAGCGAUGUCUCCUGAGUAAAACAGUACCCCCCAUGUACAGGUUUUAUAGCAUUUUUGAAAGUUACAAGGUCAAAUAUAUGGGUCAAAUAUUUUUACAUUGAAAAUGGCCAGGUUGGUUACGUUGCCUUUGAGAGCGUAUGGUAGCCCAGGAAUGAGAAUUACCCCCAUGAUGGCAUACCAUUUGCAAAAGAAGACAACCCAAGGUAUUGCAAAUGGGGUAUGUCCAGUCUUUUUUAGUAACCACUUGGUCACAAACACUGGCCAAAAUUAGCGUUCAAUUUAGUUUUUUUACUUUUUUCACACACAAACAAAUAUGAAUGCUUACUUUGGCCAGUGUUUUCGACUAAGUGGCUACUAAAAAAGACUGGACAUACCCCAUAUUGAAUACCCUGGGUUGUCUACUUUAAAAAAAAUAUGUACAUGUGGGGUGUUAUUCAGAGAUUUAUGACAGAUAAUAGUGUUACAAUGUCACUAUUGAUAAAUUUAAAAAAUUUAUGUUUUGAAACCGCAAUAUUCUACUUGUACCUAUAGCCCUAUAACAUGCAAAAAAAAGCAAAAAAGCAUGUAAACACGGGGUAUUUUUAAACUCAGGACAAAAUUUUGAAUCUAUUUAGCAGUUUUUUUAAUUCGCUUUUGUAGAUGAGUAAAAGAUUUUUCAAGUAAAAGUCAAAAAACAUGUAUUUUUUUCAAUUUUUCAUCAUUUUUUUUAUUUUAUUUUUAAAUUAAAAUACAUGAUAUUAUAUAAAUAAUGGUAUGUAAAGAAAGCCCCUUUUGUCCUGAAAAAAACAAUAUAUAAUUUGUAUGGGAACAGUAAAUGAGAGAGCGGAAAAUUCCAGCCAAACACAAACACCACAAAAGUGUAAAAAUAUGCCUGGUCGCAAAUGUACAACAUCGCAAAAACAGUCCAGUCCUUAAGGGGUUAACAUUGGUGAGUGGCUCUAUUUAUUAUAUAUGAGUUUGGCAUGUUUAUACAUAAUACUCUAUGACUGUCUGCAUCAUAUCUCUUGGAGGGAAGUUGGCUAUACCAUUCCUAGAAGAGGCUUAUACCAGCAUAUAUUGACACCAUAUGAUUUUCUACACCAUCAGAGUGUGGACCGAUAUCCUUGACCAAUUUAAGGAGAUUAUAGGAGGAAUUGGAUUGAAAUAUAAGUAUUCAUUACUACUUCUUCCUUUCUAUUUCACAUUAAGACAUACAUUUUUAUUUGUAUAUUUUUUUGAUGUUUUACUGUUGUCUUGGAAGAAAUUUUGAGCCACUAUGUAACCACUGUGAUAUACGUAGUGCUGAAGCACAUAGUGCAUAAAAAUUACAUCCCUCAAUACACUGCUCCAAAUUACUUUUGGAAGCGGUAUCAGCACAAUAACUAUGUGUAUCAGCACAAUAACUAUGUGUUAGGAGCUUCUUCAAAUGGGUUUCCAUUGCAGAGCAAACAUACACAAGCCAUGCAUCAACAUGCAAUGCAGAGGUGUAAACGUGUUCUCUGGAGUGAUGAAUCAUACGUCAUUAUCUGACAGUCUAAAUGAAAAAUCUGUGUAUGACAGAUGCCAACAGAGUUCUAUCUAAAAUUAAUAGUGCCUAUUGUAAAGUUUGUUGAAAAAGUGAUAAGGAUCUGAUGUAGUUUUCAGGGUUUCAGCUACAUUGUCUCAUAGAUGGAAAACACUAGAAAGACAUAUCUCCCAAUUGUCCUGUAGAGGUGAUACUGGAAGGACACUUGCCGUAUGCAUUCUAAGCCUGCAUUUACCAUAUGUCAAUAUCUCUCUUCCAUUGCUCAUAAAGUACUAAAAAACUAAUAUGUUUGGGGAACUUCAUCCACCCACUCUCAAUUAUUAUCUGGUUGUCCUAUUAAAAUGCUUUCUAAAGAAAUCUGGUGAAUAAACUAUUAAGUCAAAUUAACCUUUGGCUUAUAUCCUCACCAAGAGAGUUCUUGGCUUACUCAGGAAAAAAAAGGGCAUUUAUAGGAAGGAUAUAUAGCUGGAGACCAUUUAUUUCUAUUGAUGUUGCAGUAUAUAAAAUUAUCCAUGCAAGGAAAUCUUGAAGUAUCCUUUAACUGGUAUCAGAAAAGGAUGGUAUGAUCCCACAGCGCCCUAGGCAGGUUAUUUGUUUGUCCAACCCCUUAUUCCUGGUGUGUAAAGCCAAGCAAAUUAAUGGGUUUAGAACCUUUGACUAAACCCCUGUCUAGACAGCUCACUGAUGUCACUUUAUGGUUAGUCUUGCUUUGACUGUUUUUAACUGGUCGUUAAAGUAGGAUAUGAUGAAUAAUGGGCAGAGCACAAAUUCUUCUUAAAAGGUUACUCCAAGCAUCAUAGCUUGCUCCAGUGGUUAUGAUGCUAGGAGUAUCCCUAGGGCUGUUCCCCGGUUAUGGGUCAAAACAGAAAUGGGGCAACUAAAAAAGUAAACCUUUACAUUUAUCAUCAGUGAAGUUAACAAAUUAGUAAGUUAACCUUGAUUUUUGCAUUGUAUAAUGAAAACAAUCCUUAAAGAGAGAUUAUCCACCCUUUAGUGAAAUACACAUGUGAGAGAAAGUCUUUGUUUGCAGUUAAUUUAAAUAACAUUCUGUGGUAAAACAAACAGGUCAGUGCUGAUGCGAAUAGUGAAUUCCAUUGUGAAGCCAUAAUAGCUUGGUGGUUUUGGCAUGUCAUAACAUACUACAUUAAACAUACUACAUAACAUACUACAUUAAAUCCGCUGUGAUUCAUUUCCAUAAAUGUACCCCAAACGAGAGAAUUUCCAUCCAUUUAUGAUCAGUUAUGGUCAAACAUAUUUCUAGAAUUCAUAAAGAGUAUGCUCAUUUUCUUCUAUAUGGUUUACAAAAUAUUAGUGGCCAAAUAUAAACCCACCUACUCCUGUGUGACAGGAGACAUCCCAUAUGUUACCUUCUUGUUUACUUUAGCCCAUUUACUUCUACAAGCAUUAUUACUGCCUAAAUAAAAUAUCAGUAGUUACUUUUGGGCUAAAGUAGUCCCUCAUGAAACCUACUUCCUUCCCUGUGGAUUAGUUUUGCAUUCCUCUCUCCCAAUGCCCAUUUCCUAUGCUUCUAGCCCAGUUUCCUAAGGGCAAAUUCGACAACUCCCUCCCAUUGCCCCCUUCCCUUGCUUCUAGCCUAGUUGCUUAGUAGACAUCAAAACUCUUAAAGCAGCCUUGCCACCUUUUUGUUUUACCAGUUAAAUAGGACAUUUUGUCCCCUGGGCUCCCCAUUUUGUUUUUGCAAAAUUACAAUUUGGAAAGUUGUACAUAAAGAAAAGUAUAGGCUUUCAUAAGAUCAGUGACAGAGCCGCUUUAAAUGUGUUGUUCUGAUCAAAUAUCAGUUUAUAAAGUUGUUUUUGUUUUGCUAAGCUAUCUAUCUAAUCUAUCAUCUGUCUUUAUUUGGUUGGUUCCACUAAGAAAGCAGAUAGAUAAUACUAAAUAAAUGGACAGCAACCAAGGUUAGAGUGUCUUAAAACUAGAGCAUAUAAAAGAGCCAAAAAAUAGUAAGAAAUAAAGUUAGAAACAGAAAAAAUGAGCAAGAGAACUGGACAGCUCCAACCCCCUACCCCACACGCCCCGGCAUAAUCCAGUCACAUAGUACAUGCAUUAGCACUCUAGUUAACACAUACUUGUUGAAAAUAGGUAAAACCUGUAUUGGUGAUGACAGAAAUCCAAAAGCAGUUAAAACACAUAACACCAAACCGAUAAAUAGGCCAAGACAACAACAGAGUAUAAAUCAGUAGGGAAUGCUGUGUUAUUAGUAUAUUACGAGGAAACCGAUCAAUAGCCAAUCAAUGAGCAUACUUUCAGUCAUCCAUUUGGUAGAGGAUUCUUCUCUAAAGAGAAGCUGACUCAGGAAUGGUAAGCAGCAAUGUGCAUUAACAUAAUGAAUGUUGUUGUUGUUCUGGGAAAAUAGAAUAGAAGCUGGCAUAGCAUAUUAGUAAUUCAAUAAGAACAUUUAUGUUUUUAUAAGAGUUGAAAGACUAAAAAUUAUAUGGAAAAUUGCAAAUUGAUAGUCUUGUAUUUUUAAAUUUGUAUUUUAUUGGAGUUUCCAAUUACAAAAAUAACAACUGCAUCAUUGUAUAAGUUUGCAUUUACAUGCAGACAUGAUCAUAUAACAAUUUAUAACAAUUCAUAGCAAUAUGUAGUUAGGUGUCCAACUGCGCUAGACUGCCUAUGGCUUAGUUAACACAUGGUGAUUGCAUGGUGGCCCCUUGGUGUUUAACUACCUAAUUGUUAGUAAUGUGCCUCUGGGAACAGUCAUACUGAGGUGUCUGUGCUGUGCACCUACACAAUAUAUGGUCAUAAACUGAAAACAUAAUGCUACCAUAUGUCACAGGUAUGUAAUUCGUGGACAUUUCUGAAAAAGUAACUUGCCCUAUAUGGUGUGUCCUCACCUAGCACUUUGCUAGAAUACCUACAUUUAGACUAUAACAUACAAUCAAAAAUAUUGUUAAGUAAGUAAUUUGAGUAAAACAAGUGUUGUGUACAAUGGGACUGCGUCUUGCGGUCCAUAAUAUUUUAAUGCAUUUCAGGUCAUGGCUCCCGAGGCAUGGGUUUCUUCAGAUUGGGUCUCAGCCAGGUGCAGUCUCUGCAAGAAUGUGUUAGAGUCCCCCUGAGAGGUCAGGGUGAGUGCUGUGUCACCUUGUAUCACACAUUCAGUGAACCAUCCGCACCACAGCGGUACGUGAUCGCAACGUUCAGCAGUUGUAUGCUUUCCAUUGGGGAAGGUCUAAUGGCAUGCGGUACUCGCCAUGCAUUGGUUCCCAAUAGUGAUGAUGUUGAAGGAGGCGGAGAUGGAGCCAGCGCUGAUGGACUUAUUUGUAAAUUAAUUUAUUGUAAUUUAGAGACACUUUACCAUUAACAUUAAACUCCUGGAAAAGAAGUCUAUGUAUAAAGCAUAGAAAAAGAGUGACCAAGGGAUUUUGGCCCAAAAUAGAACUGUUGACCCUAAAUAUAAGCACUUUGUAAGUAUGUAAUUCAGAACAUAUCUAACAAGUGCAAUGGGUUCUGUGCCUUUUGGAUGCAUCAUUUUGCAUCAUGUCCUUUCCAACAUGGACUGGUCCACCUUGCAUUCAUUAUAUAUGCCCCCAUGCUUGUGUAAUUGUUUGAUGCCAUUGCGGUCUUUUUGUCAUAUUUGCAUUCUAUAUUCUAUACCUUCAUGUGUAAAGCCCGGCAACCCUAAGGGCCAGCAAUACAUUUUCCUGUGUAGUAUAGAAGAUGCUUAGCUCUGGGUUCUGCGUUUUGAGGUGUCCAGCCUUGACAGAUAUUUUUUUAUGUAAACAAGAGAUGGGAUUAAGUGAGCAGAGAUCAACUGCAGAGAUUUGUAGAAACCUUUUUUUUUUUUCUUUUUUAGCAAAUUAAAUUUUGAGAUUUGAAUAAGGAGGGUAUGAUGAAAGCACCUUUGUGAAGUUUCGGCUCAUGUUUGGGGGAUUGGAGAAUUACCUACACUCUGGGCAUUGCUAUAGUCACUAUACUCCCCAGAGUAAGCUCUUGUAAGAACUUGUUUCUGUUCCUGCUCUCUGGAUUUAGGAGAGGUUUACCUACUGGAAGCUGGUCCAUGGUCUUGGGCCCAGAGUAGGAGGAAGAUGGCGAGACCCCCACCAAGCUGCGGUGGUUUGUGGGGUCUGCGGUGGUUAUGGUGUCUAGUGGAGUGCUUGGAGCCCUCGGGAAGCACUAGGAGCAUCAGUCAAAUGGAGGUACCCAGUCGGGGUGCCAGGCGUUCCGUUACAGGAGGAAAUUAAAUCAUGAAUAUAUGGUUAAAAUGAUCAAAUGCACUUUAAGGGUUAUUCCAAGCACCAUCACCACCUUACUGAUUUAAAGUAAUCAUGGUGCCUAAAGUCUGUAUACAGAUACAGAGUUUAACACCACCUCUGCUCUUGCCAGCCAGGAACAAGAGUUUUGGACUGGCUAAUGUAAAUUAUGUGCAUAUUUACUGUCUGAUGCCAGCCACACCUCAUGAUGGCUCCAGGAAGCCAAUAAUGUCAAAGACCCCCUCAUGCCACAGAUAUGCUCCUCUCAGCCUAUCCCCUCUGAUAUCUGUCCUUCUCUAUUUAUCUUCUCUGUUUGGUGCUGGAACCAGUAAGGAAGGGUUACUCUUACCACAAACAAUAUUUUACUAAGACACUGUUUUUUGGCUAUAUUGGUGUAUACAAGUGUGUCUGGAAUAUCCUUUUACUAAAAAUACCUCUAUGCAAUAACACUUUUCAGUAAUGCUUUUAACCCCUUAAGGACCAAACUUCUGGAAUAAAAGCGAAUCAUGACAUGUCAAACAUAUCAUGUGUCCUUAAGGGGUUAAACAAAUACAAUGUGUAUUGGGUACCUAGGGCUCUAAAAGUAAUUUUUUCAUGAUAAGCUACAAAUCUUGGUCAUUCUGAAGCAUAGAGAACCAAGAAUGCAUAUGACCUUUGACUCUCUGAUAGUGGACCCCUGGCCAUAUGGUCAGCCUGUCAUUUUUAUUUAUUUAUUACUGGUAUUUAUAAAGCGUCAAACGUAUUCCGGAACGCUGUACAAUUGGGAAAAAGACAAAACAAUAAGAACAGACCGAUACAACAGGUAGAGGGCCCUGCCCAUGAGCUUACAAUCUAAAGGUUAAACUGUGGAGAUGAGACAAAAGGUAGCAGAGGAAUUUGUAUGAGAUGGCAUAGAGAGUUUAUAACAUAAUGCCAUAUACAGUAACUGAAAGAUGCAAUAACCUAUAGCUAUAGUUAAUAUUGUUUAGCAGCUCACAGAAAGCAGACUUGCUGACAUCAUUACACACUGCUGGUUCAACUUUGCCUAGCAACAUGCUUUUCAAGGAAUGGAUACUGCUACCAUAAGUGCUAUACUGCAUUGAUCCUCACAUAAUAUGAAUAUGCAUUGAACAUGAAAUGCUUUCAAUUGCAAAUUAUAUUGUUGAAUGUCAAGAAAUUAUCCUUAAGGCAUUUGGCAACAUUAUGAUGAUAGGAACCUGAAUAAGAUGAUUUUUUUUUUUUUUAUCUGCUGUAGGUCCCAGUCUGUAGUGGAUCCUGGGGUGUUGAAACACAAUGAUAAAAACGAAGAGGAAAACUUGCAGCCGUUACUGUCACUUGAUUAG